AGGCGCUUGCAGACGCCUCCCCUUGGGGACGCGCGCAGGGCCGGGCCCCAGGGGGCGGCAGCCGCACGAGCAACGGCGGCGGCGGCGGCAGCAGCAGGAGCAACGACUGGCGCCGGCAGCUCGAUGGGGUCCGGGCGCUGCUGCUGCUCUGUGGCGAAGGCGCUCCUGCUCUUCCUGCUGCUGCUGUCGCCGCCGCCGCUGUUCGACGCGCCCCCCCAAGGACAGGUCCGCGCAGCCGGGCUCCUCUUCCCCGGUUCGUAUGCGUUCCCCCUUCUCCUCCCAGGUUGAAGGCACCCGACGGGGCUGGCGCGGGUGGUUUGGGUUUUGUGUGUGUGUGUGUUUGCAGGGCAGGGUUCCAAAAGGCUUUUUGGCUGCUGUGGGCAAAGCUGAGGGGAAGGGAUGUUUCCCACGGGCGCGCGCCCCUUCUGCGACUGCGAAGGAGUCGACGCCCCGUCGGGAGUUUUAAAAAGUUUAAGCUCGUUUUGUCGACCCGCGCACACACAGGCUUCGCGAGAUAGUUGGGAAAGCCCAAGCUCAUCUCUGCAUACGAUGGGCAUUAUCGUUGGCCGCGCUCCACCACACAAACAACACGAGUUGUUCCGCUGGCUGCAGCUGCAGCUGCUGCUGCUGCUGCUGCUGCAAGAGCCUGUGCUGGUGUUUACAGUACACAGUCAUUUGCAGUCAAGUUCCAUUGAUUUCAGUGUCUCUAACUUCCAGGAAUUCAGGAGAUUAGACCUGUCAGUUUGCUGCUGCUGCCACAAAAUGCCGUGGCACGUUGGAGAAGCGGUGGCGGCGGUAUGAGCUUUUGUAUGUAGUAGGCUCAUAGCUCUGAUAAAUGGGCUGCGUUCUGCCUAGAAAAUUAAGCUCUUGAUUAGCAAGACAGUAGAUUUUUUUUCUUAUAUGCAGGUAUAAAAGCUUACGCAUAUUGUAACUUUUCUUAAGUUGUAGAGAAGGGCUCGUCCCAUCUACCAGUUGUUUUUUAAAGCAAUUGACUAACAUUAGUAGGAAAAGCUAAGGCUGCAAUCCAUAGUAUACAUGGUUACCUGAAAGAGCCCCAUUGAAUGCAGCGGGGGAGGGGGCUUACUUUUGAGUACACAUAUACGGACUGUAGUGUUAAUAAUACAGUGCACCCAAAGGUUUUCAGUUGCAAUACUUCUUAGAAUUGAGUUCUCAGUGUGUGUUUCAUAAUGCAUAAAAUACGUUUGGUGUUGUACAAAUAGAUGUGAUAACUUUUAACUGGGGGAAAUUAUUGGCUUACAUUGAUUUGUAACAUGGGCUAUGAUAUACAAUUUUUGGCUUUAUGGGAGAAAUAGUGUUUGUUUUAAUGUUUUCACCCUACUAGAAAGUAAGUAUUGCUAAAACAUAUACCAAACCACUGAAAAAAUGUAAAUAUGUUGAUAUAGAAUAAUAAAAUUUGAUUAAAUAUAGUUUAUUUUUUACACUGUUGCCACUACCAUACUUAAAGCCUGUUGUAUUUUAUUGAGGUUUUUUUAAAAAAUUACUGUGAGUAAACAUAUUUCAUAGGAAAAAAGCAUCACCAAGUAGGUAGAAUAACUAGAUUUACAUUUGUUGCAUUUUUAUGAGGUAUUCCCUCAUUUUUUUUGUAGUUGUUGCUUUUUAAGUACUUACAUGGAAAUAUACUUUAAUAGCUUAUAUUGCAGAUUUAAAUGAAAUUUGCAGUACAUAUGCCUUUUUCUGUGGUGAUCAUUGCCCAUGAUAGAUACACUUAGUGAUGGAAGUUGAAAUAAAAAGUAUUCUAGGGUAUUGGUGCACGUUCUUUUUUGUACUUUAUUUGCAGAGUAGUAUACUGAUCCUGAACACAUUCACUUGAAAACACAUUUGUGGAUUUAAAGGAAAAAUACUUUCAAGUAAAUCCUGGUGACUUAAAUAAAGUCAGUGUUUUGAGAAUUGGAAUGCCAUUCAUUGGAAGCUAUGAUGUGAAUGUUUGCAGUUUGAUAUAAACUUGUUUUGUAGUUGGUACAUAUGCUACAUAAGCAGACUAUAUUGUUUCCUGCUAGUAUUUCUGCUUCGUUUUCUUGCCUUUCAAUUUUAUAUAGAUCCUUUCUUUCCUGUUUUGCUGCUGCUGCUGCUGCUGCUAAGACGUUGGGACUCUUGUCAGUGAUGGUUCUAGGGCAAAUUCACCUGAUCAAAUUGUCAUGAUGUAAACUGAGUUUAAUUCUGUGUGUGACGAGAACUGAUCAUGAAGGGGUCUCAUUCAUUUUCAGUUUGCAACUAAAUGCAUCCUUUGGGACACCAGCAUCAAUUAUUUAUUUUUUUAGCGGCUGAGUGACUGAAUACUUGCAGUUUUCUAGCUACAUCUAAGAGGAUAAUUCUAUUUGUUAAUUUGGUUACACUUUUUUGUGUUAUUGCCUUCUAAACCUUCUCUUUUACAACAGUGAUUUUAAUUCUCCAACUCCCUUUUCUGUGAUAUUUAUCCACCCCCUGGAUUGUUCAUUUUUCCUGCUAGUUACUACUUUGGCUGGGCCUUCUCUCUGUUUUCACCACUUGUGACAAUUGAGAUCUAUUUUAGCUUUUUAAGGGACUCCUUAGUGUGUGUGACAUCAGAUUAUAAUUGCACAAUCAUACAGCACACUCAUUGGCAUGAAAAUAGGAAUAAGUGUACCUUGAAAUAUAGUGCACUCUCGGCAUGCUUGCAAGAACAAUGCUAAUGAAGAACCUGGGGCAUUACCGGACUUGACUGUACCAAACAAAAAAAGAGAGUGUGCCAUUUAUUUAAAAGAAGAGCAACUGUUUUACUUUAUUUUAUUAAAUAGGCAUUCAAUAGAAAUUCCCCCAGUGAUCUAUAUUAAAACAGGCUUCCACAACCUCGGCCCUCCAGAUGUUUUGAUUCCCAUCAUCCCUGACCACUGGUCCUGCUAGCUAGGGAUCAUGGGAGUUGUAGGCCAAAACAUCUGGAGGGCUGAGGUUGAGGAAGCCUGUAUUAAAGGAAAAUACUGUGGGAGGAAUUCAACAUAGCACCAUGGCACUGGCAAAUGUGCAUCAGCGUAAGCAUUUCAGCUUGCCAGAUGGCGUGAUCCCUCCUCUUGUGCCCUCACAUGCUGUUCUGGAGGUUGUCUGAACCCCCGUAGCCAAAUGGGGGGCACAUGGAGAGAAGAGGGGAGAAGCCCAUUAUCACUAGUGGUAGCCCUUGUUCACACUUUUGCUAAUGAAACUCAUUAGCUGAAUCCGGCUCUAUAUAUUAAACUACAGCUAAAGCAAAUAUAAGGAACGUGGGUGGCGCUGUGGGUUAAACUACAGAGCCUAGGACUUGCCGAUCAGAAGGUCGGCGGUUCGAAUCCCCGUGAUGGGGUGAGCUCCUGUUGCUCUGUCCCUGCUCCUGCCAACCUAGGAGUUCAAAAGCAUGUCAAAGUGCAAGUAGAUUAAUAGGUACCGCUCUGGCAGGAAGGUAAACAGCGUUUUCGUGUGCUGCUCUGGUUUGCCAGAAGCGGCUUAGUCAUGCUGGCCACAUGACCCGGAAGCUGUAUGCCGGCUCCCUCAGCCAAUAAAGCGAGAUGAGUGCCGCAACCCCAGAGUUGGCCACAACUGGACCUAAUGGUCAGGGGUCCCUUUACCUUUAAAGCAAAUAUAAAAACAUCAGUAGUGCUAAAAUUAAGUAUGAAAGGUGUGGGAGAAAAGAUCUUUGUUUAGUACUGAAAAUAAAACAAAGAAGUAGCCAGGCAGCCCUCUCUUGGGAGACCAUUCUAUGUGCAACCACUGUGAAGGCCCUCUGCCUGGUGGCCACCUUCUUCAAUCUUAACACAAUAAUAAAUGUCCCCAAUAAGUAUUUUUUUUGUAUCAAAAAGCAAAUAUUGCAAAAGUUUGGUGCCUUGCUAGGUAUGUGUUAUUUCUGUUUGGUAUACUUUUUUUCCUUCCUGAAGUUUUCAUGCAACCCAGAAAUUUUCAGCAUCAAAUAUACACACACAUUUCCAUCCUUCCUUCGAGAGUUGUGCAUCUUCCUAGCUGUCCUGCUCUGAAAUUCCUGCCUGGAUCAUUUAGCUGUGAACAUCCUUUGUGAGUUGUUGUUUUUGGAAAGGUGACUGCUGACUAUGUGCUUGAGUGAUGCUUCUUACCAGAUGAGACUUCUGGUUUUCAGUGCAAAAAGCUAAUUUUGGAACAGUUUUAAAAAACACACACCAUUGAAUAAGCAUCUGUUUAAUGGAAAGUAAAAGUUUAAUGUUUCUGUUGCCCUGACUUGCCUAAAUGUUCAUUUCUAUAAAACGCUAUUUGUUAGUAUUUCUUUCCAAUCACAUUUUAUGACAGUGAUGUCACAGUAAUAAAGUUGUAUUUCUCAGUAACUGGUUAGUAUACUGCAGUUGAAAUGUAUUUACUUUUCAGGGCUUCCCCCCCCCCCUUGGAAAUUAGUACUCCUAUCUCUGUAGGGAACUGUGCACUAGCUCACAAGCUAUGAAAAUAUGGUAGCUAGCUUGAAAACCCUGCAUGUGUUGACUGCCUGAAUACGGCCAGCUGGUAAUGGAUUUACUAUGAAACCACUGCUAGGUGUGGGGGGCUGAAGUUUUUUUCUGUGCACCUGCUUUAUUCUCAUGCAUAUCAGUAAGUAAAUGCACAUAGACAUCUGGGUUACAUUCAGGAAACUUCAUUUCUGGCCUAGCUCUUCCAACUGGGUGAGGUCCACAAAGAUGCCAUUUUGCUAACCAGAGGCCCAGUCCAGCGAGCUAAAUUUAUGAACAACAAAAUGUUAAAUGAUGUUCAACACAAGUAAGUGUAAAGUGAUAAUGCACACUGGGGCAACAAAUCAUAGCCUCAUGUAGACAAGGACUGGGUUUUAAAUGUCUGACUAAACAGUGAAGAGUUAUUGAUGUCAUGCUGAGUAGCUAAGUGAAAAUUGCAGUAGUGCGCAGCAGUGGUGAAAAGGCAAGUUCAUGCUAGGUAUUAUACUAGGAAAGGGACAGAAAAUAAAACUGCUGGUAUUGUAACACAUCUGUUGGUGCCACAUUUGGAACACCGCAGAACGGACUAGCUGUCCAGUCUCAAGAAAUAGUAUAGCCAGAAAAUGUGCAGACCUGGGCUUCCAAAAUGGGAAUGUGAUAGAGUCGCUUAUCUAUGAAGAAAGGCAAGAGCAUUUGAAGCUUAUUUGUCUGGGGUGGGUGGUGGGGAGAAGUCAACUGAGGAGGACACGAUGGAGGUUUAGUAAUCCAAACUGCUUCUGUUCACUUUGCUCUGACACAGAACAGCCAAGACAUAAAAGGGCCUUGCAGUGGGAGUAGAAGGAGUUCACUAUGGUCCAACUGAGUGCUGUUUUUUCCUGAAAUUGUAGAGGCAAGUUGGCACUUCGCGAGUGGGUGGCUUGGAUAGGGCUGCUGUCAGUACCAUACGAAGAACAGGCAUGCUGGGUUGAUUUGGCCCUUGAAAAAUUGCCACCUGUCCUGGCCCAGAGAUUCUUGGAGUGGAAGUUUGCUACCCUGGCAGGGUGAUACUACUGGUGAUAGUUGGGAGCAUUGAUACCACUUCCUGUAAUGUAGCCUGGAGUUGCAUCCUUCCUGUCCAAGAGAAUGAUAGACAACUUGUCAUAGAAGGUCAUGAUCCUUGGUUCCAUCCCUAAACAUUGAUUGCGAGAUGUGAUUACUUUGAUUUCCCAUUCAUUUUCUUCCAACAUGGGAUAGCAGUGUGGUGGAACCUUCACUGGCAUAUCUUCUAAGAUAGGCACUGUUUGUUUACUAAACUUGUUCACAAGCCCCAGCUGCAACUCUGGAGUGUAGCAGAUAUCAGUGAAGACCCUGACCUUCUCAUCUGUCUAAUAAUUGGUCUGAACUUAAAGCCUCUAGGACACCACCUCCUAUAAGUUUUGGGACACCAGUGAAUGCGUGUCCUGUGAGUUCUUAUAUAUACGAGACAGUUUCUGAAACAGUUGAGUGGGGAAAGGACGCUUGCUAGGUACAAUUAAAAGUGAGGACUUCUAGAAAAGUACCAGCUAGAGACUUGUGAGCAAUUUCUUUUCCUAGAUACUUUUGCCUUAUGUCUCUGUAGCUUAGUCAGCAUCUCGAGUGGGGCAGCCAAACAAACGGUAGUUAAAUAAGGCUGUUGGAUUCUUAUGUAAUGCCAACCCAUGGUUAAAGCAAGCCACAAUUUGUCAGCCAACAAACCAUGACUUGCUGCCAGAAAGUAAACUAUGGUUACUCAUGGUUGGUCCACACUUUGUCUAAACAAACCAUGGCUUAGUAUUACAUGUGAAUGCCGCCAUAGGGUGGUUCUUUUGCAUCCCAAAGUGUGUCUUUGCUAGUGCUAAAUAUUCCUGGCUGUGGUUUGCCUUAUCUCAUUAAAACAGGAAAGGAUUCGUGCAGAAGUACCUUCAAGCUGUCCUAGUAUGAUAAAAAGUUUUGUAAAGGUAAUUGAGUCAUUUGUAUAUUAUGCUUUGUAUUUAGCAGUUCUAUAUGAGAGGAAGAUGUUACUGUAAUAAGCAGAACCAUCUUACAAUCAUAAGGUCACAUUUUGUCUGUGAACUUCUGAGUGGGAAACAUCACUUGAUGUACUUUUAUUGUGUUGCAUUUCUUUUCACAGAUGUGGAUGAAUGUACCGACGGGAUUGAUGACUGCCACCCAGAUGCAAUUUGUCAAAAUACUCCAAAGUUGUACAAGUGUACAUGUAAACCAGGUUACAGUGGAGAAGGAAAGACGUGUGAAGGUAUGUAUGUGCUCUGUAGUUUUACACUAAGUAUGCUUAGUCCCCCUCUUUACUAGCUAAAGCUGAAUAAACUAUGCUGAAGAAGCAAAUAUAUGUAUGUUUGUACUUUAAGUUGCUGACUACAGUUUAAACUUUUUCACAAUGGGUACAGGAAGCAAUGUCAACACCAGUCAGACAGCUGUGUAAUGCAAAUUGGUACAUGAUUAUAAUAACAACCAAAGGCAGGUAAAUCAGUUCAAAACAUAAUCCAAUGAAUAGCAUAGUUGGAUUAGAUGAACAACGCAACACUUAAAAUAACCAUAAAACAAUCUGUUAAAAUAUACAAAUUAAUAAGAUGUAAUAACCAUACUAAUACAAUAGCAAGCAGCCACUGCAUGGUAAUUUUAUACCAAAUUGUACAAAAACUAACAAAUUUUCAUAGAGACUAAAUUGAAUUAUAUGCUCACAGUUCCUAGCAGCUUGAUCAUAUAGUAUAAAAUGCAUUGCAAUUAAUAAAUCCAUACUAUAAUGUGUAUAAUAAUUUGUAGAGGCUAAAAAUUAAAGUGCAUAUAUUUCAGAGCAGCUUGAUCAUAUAAAGUUUUUAGAAAACAUACCCCCUUCUUCUGUCCUCACAUGAAACUACUUUUAUUUCAGUGAAAAGUGGCUUUGAUCACCUCCUUCACUGUGGCCUCUUGCCCCAGAUUCCCAUUAAAUCCAUCCAAUAGCCUUAUACAUAGAGAUGUUUUCUUAAGGAUUUGUUCAGGUUACUUUAAAAAGAUAAUAUUCUUGUUCAAGCCUUGAGGGAAUUGGGUAAGUUUAGCCUAGAAAAGAGGAGACUGAGAAAAGAUACAAUAGCCAUCUUCAAAUAUCUAAACUCGGCUGUCACAUGGAAGAUGGAGCAAACUUGUUUUCUCCUGCUCCAGAGGGUAGGACUCGAACCAAUGGAUUUAGGUUAAAAGAAAGGAGAUUCUGACUAAACAUUAGGAAGAACUUUCUGACAGUAAGAGCUGCUCAACAGUGGAAUGGACUUCAUUGGGAGAUAGAGGACUCUCUUUCGUUGGAAGUUUUAAAACAGAGGCUGGAUAUCCAUCUGUCAUGGAUGCUUUAGUUGAGCUUCCUGCAUUGCAGAGGGUUAGACAACAUGACCCUUGAGAUCCCUUUCAACUCUACAAUUCUAAGUGAUUAAUGGUGAUUUAAAUUAGACAGGAAAAUAAUCCAAUAAGGUUGGUUAGGUAGAUAGAGGUAGUCCAUGGUUAAUAAGUAAAUUGAGUCAAGAGUUCAUUCAGGUUCCUUAAAUACAAAGGAGGUGAAUAAGGAUUAAUUAGUUAGUUUAUUCAGAAAUUCAUUAAAUGAAGAGCAAAGAAUUAAUCCAAUAUGGGUUAGUUUAAAGAAAAGGGCGUGAGCCAAAAAAAUUAGUAUACGGCAAUCAAAAGUUCAUAAAGGUUGAUUAACUGCCUGAGGGUGGUUCUAUAUUUUUGUUUAGAGUUUUUAAAGAGUUGAUCAUUUCGUAGAAUUCAUUCAUUGAAUGAAUGAAUAUUCACUGAAUGAAUGAAUAUAAGAAAUCCACUUCUAACCAUAUAAGAAAUCCACUGUAUUAAGAUUACACACAUAACACAUAUGUUCAUAUAAACAUGAAUAUUUGAAUCUGAUGGUUUCACUUUUAUCUUGCCUGUGCAUGUUUUGCAUGGAAACUUUCUUUGAGAAGAAUUUGGUUUCCAGAUUUUAGACUGAUCCUGAGAUUUCUACAAGAUCUUACUUGGGUGAAAGGGAGGGGAGGCAGGUGAUUGCUACAGCAGAAGCCUGUAGUAACUUAUUUUUUCUCCCUCUGUGCACCAUAUAAUGGAGUGUGGUGCAGGACAUUCCCAGCUGGAUAUGUAAAACUCUUAAAAUAAUAUCAGAGCAGCACAUAAAAAGGUUAAUGCUUUAUGUUACUGUUGAGAAAUUGUCAAUACUCUGUUGAACUUGCUUUAUUUGAAAGGCAAAUAUGAUCUAAGAUAGCAGUAACUGCUAGCAUUUAUAUAAUAUAGUCAUGUCAUGACCUGUCUACAGCAAACAAGCAGGCAUCCAUCAUAUUGACUUUUGCUUUAUUUCUCAGACAUUGAUGAAUGUGAUAAUGACUUCAAUGGAGGCUGCGUGCAUGAAUGUUUCAACAUUCCAGGCAAUUAUCGCUGCAUGUGUUAUGAUGGCUUCAUGUUGGCUCAGGAUGGCCAUAAUUGUCUUGGUAAGGAUUGUGCUACAAUGAGUUCCAGCCUCAGUGCUGAAUGCCACCUAUAUUUUCUUAUGAGCAUGAAAAAAAUUAAGAUGGUUGAAUAAAAGCAAUGUUAUCUUAAUGAGAAAAAUCUAAAAGGUGGUUUGGUCAUUUGGAGUUUUGCCAUCUCUGAAAUGGAGGUGCUACUGUUUGAGUGCAUAUCUAGAAAUAUAUGACAGAAAGGAACCAGAAGAUCAUUGUUUCCAAACCAAAGGCCUAAGCAAUAUGCUUCAUGCACAGUUGACUCAUUAUUACAAAAUGCUUGGAGAAAGUAUUUGGGUUGUAUUCAAUGUAAUACUGCUGCUAAGGUUUUGUCAGUGCAAAGAUUUCUCCUUGCACCACAGAAUGUUCUCCCCCUCUCUUCCCCCACAAAUCUGUUCUGGUGGUUCCUCUAAUCCUCUGGAAGAGCUUUUUGGGGACAGCACUGGGUGUGCUAAGCAGGACGGACAUCACUUACACUAGUUCUAAUCCUUGCUCUAGUGGCAAAAGUUAGUUGAAUAUUGCCCUGGAAAAGUAUAAUGGUCUCCUUUCUCUCCCCCUACAAUUCUUUUGAGUAUGGCUCCUGGGUUCUUGUAUGCAAAGGGUUGCAGAAAGAUUUAAAUGCACCGGAAGGUCAUAGCCAUUGUGCCUCCCACCCUGUUGACCCACCAGUCCGUUUGUCCACAUUCUUCUCCUGUCCACUGUUACAGCCCUAUUUAAGAAGUGCUGCUGUCCUUGGUUGAAAUUGAUGUAGCUGUUGAAACCUGUCAGAAGAAAAUGGUAGCAAUACUCUUAGCAAGUAUAAGACACAGCAUAUCACAAAUACACACAUUUACACACAUGUGUUUUGUGUGUGAGAGGGAGGGAUGCUUAAUGUUUUGAAUAAUCACUCAAGACUUGGGAGGUCCAGAAUAUCUUAUGAGCUUCUCUCUCUCCUAUCCUCUCCCCACCUUCCCCCUAAGAUUCAAUUAAUUCAAUUAAUUUCAUUUCUCCGGUCUUCUUCCUUACUUCCUAAGGAUAUUUUGAGGGAGAAUACAUUACAGGAUUGUUGCUACUUGUAAUGACUUGCUGCUUGAAGUUGUUUCAGUGCCAGACCCUAAGGUUUGCCAUAGAGUUUGCGGCCAACCACCCUGGAGACAGGUGUGUGGGAAGCUCAAGAGAAGAUCGCCAGAGAGUCAAAAGGCAACAAGACUCUCCUAAAGCUGCUGGGGAGGGUUAGGUUCAGUGAUCAGGGAAGCCAAAGGGAACACAGAAUGAAAGAAAAGAACAUUUAUCUACAUAGAAUCUUGCACAGAUAUAGCUUCCUUUCCUGUAAUUUAUAUUCCAGGGAAAACACGGUUUUCAUUUUUAAAAGGAAAACAAGCCUGUAUUCUUGUCGUUGUUUGUGGUUUGGUUUAUUCUCUUCUUGGUUUGGAAUAUGGUUGGAAACAUGCAGACAGGUCUUAAAAGCCUACUUGUCUCUCUUCCCUCUUGGUUUCCAUUGCAUUCUUUGACCUUUAUUCAACAACUUCACUCUUCACUUCCCUGUUACCAUUCCUCCUCUUUACGUACUCCCUCCCUGCUAACAUAUUCUCAAGCUCUACAAAAAGUACAAAUAUUAGGUUGACACUAAACUAUAUAGAUAUUGAGCGUCCAAGUAAAAUAAGCCUUUGCAUGGUUUAGUGUUGCAGCAGAAUGCAAUCAGUCUUUUGAACCCUAAUGGUGCCUUUUCACAGAAAGCUUACCAAACGUCAAGUGCAUUUUUAACAUUCAAUCAGAAUUUUAUGUUACGAGGCUACAUGCAGAUGUCACAAAUAAUUCCAUAUUUUGGGUCUAGAUAAUAUGUCGAACUAACACAUAAAGAGUUGGAGCAUUGCCUGACUUACCAGGGGCCAAUCUAAGGAUUUGCUUCUCCUUCCCACUCUUACCUGAAACAGAUGUUUCAGACAAUGAAUGAGGAAUUAAAAGUGAGAGUGAGAGAUGUGGCAGUGCUGCUUAGAGAGAGAAGAGAAGACUUGCUUUCAGAAGGUGAGAGGCAGCGGCAUUUAGGUCAUCACCCUCUAUUCUGUCCUCAGAAUAUCCUCCCAGCAAAUCCAACUAUUGACUUGUAUUGUGCAGUACUGAGUAUCACAAAACUGCAUUAAAUUGCUUUUUUUUUUAAGGAAUCCCAUAUUUAUCAGUUCAUCAGAUAAUAGUCAAAUGUUGAUCAAGUGGGUAUUAUGAAGUUGCCAUUGGUCAGAUGCUAGUACAUUAUUGUAAAAAGAAAAGCGGAAUGAAGUCCUAAUGUAAGGAAGACCUGUGAACUGAAUCUACAAUUUAAGACUGCUUCCUUAAGUAGUUUGAAACACUGAAAGCUACUCAAAUAUUUUUAUUUAGGUAUGGUAAUUUUUUUAAAGAGUUACAUAAAAAUGGCAUAUUAGGAAAUGUUCAUUAAGAGUAUUUGAUCAUCACAAUCAUUAUAUUAUUAUUAUUAUUAUUAUUAUUAUUAUUAUCAUCAUCAUCACCACCACCACCACCACCACCAUCAUCAUCAUUAUAUUGAUCAGGCCUGUAGUGUUGAAUUCUGUUGUGCCGAUCCUACCAGUGAGGAGAAAGGGAGAAUAAAGGCAACUGGCCAACCUGUUGGAUGUUUUAUUAUCAUCAUGGCUUAAUUGACGUUUCCUAUGUGGUUAGUACAGGCUGCUGUGUUGACCAAUAACACCUGGUACAAAUCUGCUGCCUCUUAUUUUUCAGAUAUGGAUGAAUGCUUGCUCAACAAUGGAGGCUGCCAGCAUAUUUGUGUCAAUACAGUAGGGAGCUACGAAUGUAUUUGCAAUGAUGGAUUUUUCCUCAGUGAUAACCAGCAUACCUGUAUUCACCGUUUAGAAGGUAAAGUCUCUCUUCCACCAAACAGAAAAGGUGCCCCACCCUCCCUCCCUCACAGAGUAUCCUGAAUUGAGCCCUCUAGGUGGUUGGCUCAGUAAUGAUCUUUACUUGAGUGUGCUUCUGCAUGUUGUUCCCAUGAGUCACAUGGUAACUUGGGUAUGUUAUAUCUGAGUCUUUCAGCAAUUCAUAUAGGGCAUGCUCAAAAUUCAAAAUCCCAGCCUUUAAGAUAUCUGGUUUACAUGGGAGGUAAUAUACAUAUACGUAAACAUCAACAACACCAAAAAAUACCAAAACCUGCCAGACUUACCUGCUUGGUGUUUUUUUGCACUCAGGUUUAUGUUUAAACCAAGUUGCUGUUGCUGAAUUAUGUGGAAUAGAAGCUGCUGAAAGGCACUCCUGAGCAGCUACUGAAAUAGUGAGACGUCUCAUAUCCUUGCUGGUGGACAUCUUUGUCCAGCUGGGGCUGCAUUGCACAGUUACUGUACAUGGUUGUUGAAAUGCAAGCAAUACCCACUAUAGGUCAGUGACAAAAUGCACAUUCUACCCCUUCAUCCCACAAAGCACGAGCCAUAACUGGCUAUGUCCUACUGCCUUUGCAUAGUGCCAGAGGGGACAGGGGGACUAACUGUGAGAACUUUUCCUUUAUAAGGGUAAGAUCCUACUGUAAAGAAAGAUUGAAUCAAUCCAGCGGUAGAUAAGUGAUUCUGCUUGAUAGGAGAGGAAGAGUGUUUGCUUUCUCUUAAGCAUGCCCAUUGAAAUGAAGAAUGGAAGCAGCAGAAUACUGCCAUUGUCCAUUUCCAUGAAGCUACAUGACCUAAGCAUUUGGUAAGGAGAGUUAUUUAAAACUCCUAGUUUUAAGACCAUGAGUAAAUCCUCCACACAGAAAUGAAACUGGAUGCCUGAUUAGAGGCUGCAGUGAACGAAAGUUUAAUAGAGACCCUGGGGGCAAUAACUUGAAAGUGGUAGUUUUAAAUCAGGGAGUUUCCACUGUCUGUGGUUAGUCAGUAGGGCCCGACUGGGUUUAACACAGUGAAAAUUUGUAUAGGUUUGCAAAGAUGGCAAAGAUAAAUAUAGAAUGAAGCCAUUCUUUAAUAAACCAAAACAUAUUUUUAAAAAGAAAACAAACCAGGGGGCCAGCCUUUAUAGUGUUCAGUCUUCAACUAAAGUGUGUGUUGAGAUAAUACAACUAGAAGUAUCUAAAUGGCCAAAAUGGUACAGUAAAUGGUACAGUAAAUAUAGCAUAGCUUGUGGAAAAGCAAAAACAUGGACGAAAGGAAAAUUCUGUGUAUAGGUAAAUGUGAGGUUGGUGAGAGUAGAAGACAGAGAGAAAUAACUCAGAUAAAUUGUGGACAUCACAUGAACACCCAUCCCCAUGAAUCAUUGAUUCACAUUUUGAGUUGAUUGAAGUUUGUCAGAAGUUAAACUCUUUUCAGGUCAGUGAAUGGAUUAUUUUAUUUGCAACCAAGGCCCCACCUUAACCUAAUGUCUUGAAUCUGGUUGCUGAUACCCAGAAGAAAUGGACUGAGACACAACUUCUUCUACUUGAUGUAAAUAGCUCAAUUAGUGCUGAAUUAGGCAUUUUUGAUGCCUUUUAUCCUUUCCUAAUCUUGGCAUAGUUUGUGCUAGAAUACAGAGCAUUUUGCUUUAAAUUGUGUAUCCAUCACAUAACAAGUUAUCUAAUUCUCAUAGUACUUUCCAAAUACAUACUGUGCUUUUGAAAUGCUGACACUCCAGUCAUCAUCUCAUUCAAGUUGAUAUCAGAAGUAUAAAUUUAACUUACAGGUACUGAUGCUGGUGUACAAAGCCCUGUACAUCUUGAGACCCAAGCAUGUGAAGGAGGGCCUCCCCAAUGCUCUUUGAUCCAUUCUGUAGCAUCUGCAGGAGAAGUCCACAGAACAGUAGCACAGUCCCCCAUUUCUGGAGCUUCCUUCUUAUGGAGAUUCAGUUGUCUCCUACACUGUUGACGCUAAGACAGGCAUAGGCAAACUCGGCCCUCCAGAUGUUUUGGGACUGCAACUCCCAUCGUCCCUGACCACUGGUCCUGUUAGCUAGGGAUGAUGGGAGUUGUAGUCCCAAAACAUCAGGAGGGCCAAGUUUGCCUGUGCCUGCACUAAGAUGUCAAUCAAAAUGUAUUUAUUUUGCCAAGCUUUCAGUAGUUAGCUAUAUGAAAUGGGUUUUCUGUGUGCUCUAUUGCAGUGGUUGGUUUGUUGAUGAAUUUUACUUGUUUUAAUGGUUUUUAUGUUGCUUUUAACAGUUUUGUUACCUGCCCUAGACUCCAUUAGGAGGAAGGACUGGAUGGAAAUACAAUAAAUAAACAUUCUUUCAUUUCUCUUUUUUAAAUUGUUCAUAAAUAAAGAUAGAAACACUUAAUCAAUGAUUAAAUAAGCUUUCAACUUCAGCAACUUAGUAGAUUUUACAUUUAUUUUACAUUUCAAAUAAAGUGUGUUUAACUAGUCAGGCAAAGGGUAUAUAGUAUGUUGUUAUUUAAUUGUAGUGUUUCGGAAUGUGCUGCCCCCACUCAAUAGCUUUCAGUAGAAGAGUGCAAGACAACACCCCCCCCUCCCCAUGCAAAACUAAACAAGUCUCUAUUCAGCAUUUGAAGUGUUUGUUUGAGUUCAGUGAACUUUACCAAAGUACCUGCUUGAAUGAUGUCUCCAUUGGUUUCUGAAUGGCACAAAGAAGUUACACUGUUAGCAGAAAUCUAAAGCUGUUAAUUCUCUUAAUGCUUCUUAAACACCUCUUAGCUAACAGACAGAUCACAUGGCAUGUUGAAGCUUCCAAAUGCCACAAAACACUAGAGUUUAAUAAGGCUAAUUUGUGAUCUUCUGGGAUGCAAAGAGUUUGACUGACAGCAUAAUAGUGAUUGCCAGUUUUCAUGUGGAUAUUUUGUGUAUUCUGAAGGGUUGGAGGCAUCAUUGUCUUGUUAGUUUUCUCACUCUGGGAAAGGAAUCAAGAAGCCAGCAGAGCAGAAUAAUCAAAGCCCUUGUAGGCACUCUCCUUUGUUGUCCAAAGCUGCAGCCUUAGAAGGAGUCUAUCUGUACCAUAAAUAGAGGUGUUAAGAAGACAGCAUGCCUAAUUAAAAUGUUACAGAGCCUUCAGAGGCCAUGUUGUCAGUUCACAUUCGUCUUCUUGAAAUAAUAACGUGGCUGCAGAACAGAGUUGGGUGAAAUCCUGCGAGGAGCAAUUCUGCAGAUAAAUCUGUAUGCUUACCUGCAAGCCAAGGCAUUUCCUGCCUGAUUGACAAUCGUUGCAUCAGGGGUACGUGUGGACUACAGCAGGUAUGUCCAAAGUCUGCCUCAGGGGGCCUAAUCCAGCCCGCUGGUUGGUUUAAUCUGGCCCCUGUGGCAGUUUAUUUUCUGGGGUAAAAUCCCCCCCAAAUCUCAACAACUUGAAUUCUUAAAAAAAGCUCAACACCAUCAAUCCUAAAAAAAGGUCUACAACUUCGGUUGGCCCUUUGGUCGGCCCCCACGGCCCUUCACUUCAUCAAAUCUGGCCCUCUUUGAAAAAGGUUUGGACACCGCUACAGCAGCCAUGAGGCAGUGUGGUUGUUAAUGCACAAGUCACUGACACGUUGCGUUUUGGAAUAGAGGAUCUAGCAGAAAUGUGGGUUUCAGUAGGUGUCCUGGUAUUAGUUCCUUUGGCCACAGUAGAUGAUGCUGCCCCCCCUUGAUUUUAUGUUUCAGUAGCAGACCUACCACAGGGGAAUAAUAUUUAACUGCAUUUCAUACAGAAGCUUCUGUUUGUGCAUUUGAAUUUACUGCUGUAGCAAAACCUUUCAGUGGUACAGUACCUAGAAAUGUGUGUUACCGACUGGUGGAAAAACUGCAACUGGAUGUUGCUGAGUUUUGCUUGUUUGCAUAUGUUUGCUGCUUUGUGAGGUAUGGAGGUCUCCUUGCAACCUGUCAAUUUUUAUUUAUUUAUGAAAGUGUUCCGUUUCCCAGCACUCAAGCAACUAAAGUUGCUGGGAAACAAUUAUUCUUAGCGCAGAUAGAAUGAUUAUUGUACCAGCUGACAUUGUGGUUGUGUAAGCGUCAGAGGUAUGGCGUCAGAGUGAAUGGCGUUACUUAAAGGCAAUUCAUAUGUUUACUCCCAUACCCACCCACAACUUUCUGAAUAUCCUUGUAAUGCCUGUUUAAAAUGCACUUUCCCACAAUUGUUACUUUCUUUAAAGAAAAACGAAGUAUUGGGGGCUCCAUUUUGCGUGCGCGUGUAUGUGUGAGAGAGGCAGAGAAUGAAUUCUGCAACUUGGAGGGAUAGCUUCUCCAUCUUCUGUUAUGUAGGUAUGGCAGUUGUUUGCAUGGAUGAAAUGCUGAAAAGGGGAAAUAUUCCCUGUGCCCCGCCCCCAGUCUCAAGAAUGGACUUUUUUACAUCGAAAGCUCCUAAAAGAAAGGUUAAAUGGGUAGUUUUUAUUAUGAUUGUUAUCGCUACUACUACAAUUUGUUACCUUCACCCUAAGGUCCUAGGACAAGUUAACAAUUAAAAUGCAACAUUAAUAUUAAAACACACAGCAGAAACCCUUGCAACGUGCAGGCAGUGAAUGACGAACACGCAGGUAUUCCUUGGCAGGUGAAUAGAUACAGAAAGGGUUUUCUGAGUGUAAAAAAGGGGAAAGUUGACCUGAGGGGACAAGAAUUUUUUUAUGGCUCUUGGCAGGGACCUUUUUUUUUUUAGAAGGGGAUAGGUUCUGAUAUUGAGGUUGCUCUGCAGCCUGAAACAAGGGAUUUGGCCAGUAAAACUGUCCGAGCAUUUAUUUAAAACCAGUAAUGGCCUAUUAUUGCUACCUAGAUUUAUUUUUAUGUUGUUGUUGUUGUUUAGUCGUUUAGUCGUGUCCGACUCUUCAUGACCCCAUGGACCAGAGCACGCCAGGCACUCCUGUCUUCCACUGCCUCCCGCAGUUUGGUCAGACUCAUGUUUGUAGCUUCGAGAACACUGUCUUUACAGCAUUGGACUUUCCUUUCGCUUCCUCCCCUCCUCCCUUCUUCCAAUACUAAUGUUAGUAUAGUAUAGGUUAAUCACAUGCAAGCAUAGGUUAAUCACAGUACGAUUCAGUAUUUAAAACACCAAAGAGGGCUAUAGAUUGCUGCUAAUUAGUGGCACACUGAAUCAAGCCGAAAGAGGGUCUUUAAAACUGUUACCCAGGGAAUGAUUAUUCAUCGUUUAAUUGACUUCAGGUUUUGGCAGCAUGAUUUUGGAAGACAAUCCCUGUUGCCUCCAGGUAACUGGGUGUUAAGAGUGUGAACAGCUUGCAACUGUUGGAGACAAAUUACAAAAUGGUUUUAUGAGGUGUCCAGAAAGGGCAAAGAAGUCAACUAAUGGGACAUUAUUCAUUGUCAUCAAGAACAUGUUGGUUUGUACUGAAUUCUGGUUAGCCAUUGCUAUGUGGAGCAUAGACACCUGAAUCACAGGACAUUACAUUUAAUACUUAGUAAUGGUUCCAUUAAAAUAAAUAAUGUUUAAUAGACAUGUAAAACAAAUUAGAUCAUUAAAAGGUUUAACUACUUUAAAACAAUUUCUUUAACCUCUCCCUCAGGACCAUAGCUGGGUAUGAGUCCAUGUGGGAUGUGGUUGCCCCGGUCAUCAAUCUGGCUGCAGCUCUUUGAGCCGGCUGAAGUUUCUGAGUCCAUGUGGGAUGUGGUUGCCCCGGUCAGCAAUCUGGCUGCAGCUCUUUGAGCCAGCUGAAGUUUCUGAGCACUUUUCAAAGGCAGCCCCAUUACAGUAAUCCAAAUGGGAUGUACCGGUAAUUAAAGCAUGUGCCACUGAGGCCAAAUCAGACAACUCAAGGGAUGGGAUCAACUGGUGCACUAGGUUUAACUUCAGAGAGCUAGGCAUUUAUGCUCAGGGCUGAGUGCAGAAGCACACCCAAACUGCAAACUUGUGUCUUCAGGGGGAGUGUUACCCUGUGUUAUCCAGCACAGCACAGAGAAAAAUAUUAAGUGGUGGUGUUGCAUAUUAAGGUUUUACUCUUGCGGUACAAAUAUUCAGGAUUCUUUGUUUGAAUAAGAUAGAUUGUUUCAAGGCCACCUGGUACUUAUUUAAAUAGUUCACGUCCAGAAUGUGUGUCACCUAUUUAAACAGUUUUUGUCUAGAAUGUGUCAUCUGCAUUUAAAGUCACAAAGAACACUGAUGCAUCCUCUUGUUCUUUUUGCAGAAGGUAUGAGCUGUAUGAAUAAAAAUCAUGGCUGUGCCCAUAUCUGCAAAGAAGCACCGAAAGGAGGAGUGGCCUGUGAAUGCAGACCUGGAUUUGAACUGGCCAGAAACCAGAGAGGCUGCAUUUGUAUGCAACAUUCUACACUUACUUACGGUUUCUCAAGGCGAACAAGUAGAAUUAUGGCAUUCCUGUAGCUGUUAGUUAAUGUGAGGCUUCGUUUGCAAGCAUGAUGCUAUCUAAAAUUCAGUUUGGUGGGAUGAGGUAUUAAAUUGGUAGAUAUUCAAAAUGCCACUGUACAAAAACAUCAUUUCAGAGGUUGUGAUGAAAUGGCUCUUUUAAUUAAUAGCAGUUCCUAGAACAGUAUCUACUUUACAGCCAGGCUCACCACAAGAGUGGCUGGGGAAACCCAGCCAGAUGGGUGGGGUAUAAAUAAAUUAUUAUUAUUAUUAUUAUUAUUAUUAUUAUUAUUAUUAGCAGCCUGGUUCUGCCUGUUGGGAAUUCUUAAGUCCAGCCUACUCUCCCACCCCAAAGAGCAACCUAUAAGCAGAUAAAGCUGGAAGGAAGCACAAUAUUUCACAGUCACCCACAUACACUGCUGGUCCCCUUUCUGUAUCCUUUGUUUAUGCUUGGUUCUCUCACUCCCUGAAGACUUUUUCUAGCCCACCUACUUCCUGGCUCCUAGGGAAACUGUGGGCUGUUCUCGGAGUGUUCUAUGGUCUGUUACUGCAAAAAUAGCAGAGCUCCUUAAGGCAAUGAAGUUCUUUCUGCAGCAGACCAUGGCACCAAAAUUCUCAUAGUCUUUAAUGUACUGCAAUAUUUUAUAACUGACAAGAAGUUAGUGUUGAGUUUUGACUAGCUCUUGAUCAGAGCUGCCUCCUGGCAAUGGAUUUUUGCCAAAUAUAAAAUUAGGAGCUACCUGUGUUCAGCUUUGAAUUCAGAUACACUGUUUUUAAGGUGAACUUCUGAUCAGAUACUUAGUUGUCCAUGCUGUUUAGCUGUGUUAAACUACUAUUCUUGGAUCAAAUAUUCCUAGAAAUAUCACCUACUGAAUUAGCAUGAUAGUUGUUUUUCAUUGGUUCAUCAAUUAUGAACCAUUUAAAUGAAAUCAGUUCAAAUGUAACACUAGUAUAAUUAAUUUAAUUUCAUUUAAUUUAAUUGAUUUAAAUUGCUUCAUUAAUUAUGAACUAUUUAAAUAAAAACAAUUUAAAUGUAAGGCUAGUAUAGUAUAAUUAAUUUAAUUUCGUUAAAUUAAUUUAAAUUGUUAAGUCAGUUAAAAGCAGGCAUGUCAAUGAGUGUUUAAUUUGUUUGUUGCUCGUGGUUAUAAUUAACUUUGGUUUGGUAAUUGUGUCAAAGUACAUACACAACAGAUGAAAAUCUUGAUAAAAUACUUCAUAGGCAUGCCAAAUGCAUGGAGGGCAAAGAUAUAAUAUUCCAGAUACAGUCUCCCUGAGCUGCAGAUUUCCACAGGCUUUGCAAAUGCUUCUGAAGCUCAGUUUUAUGUCUUCUUUUUAGUGACUUGCAACCAUGGGAAUGGUGGUUGCCAGCAUACAUGUGAAGAUGCUGAUGAUGGACCUAUUUGUGGAUGUCAUCCAGAAUACAUGCUGCAUUCCAAUGGAAAAACUUGCCUUGGUAUGUAAGCACUUGAAUUCUUUUCAGUUAGACGAAAUAUGUAUGACAUCAGCCUUUAGCCAUCUCUGCGUAUUUUGCUCAAAAAUGGCUGGCUGGUCAAACUGUACCUUUCAAAGUGAGAAACAUGCCCCACAUCUGAUUAGGCAACUUUGAAUGGUUGGUUUUGGAAGGAAAGGAGGUCUGCUUAUAAUAAAAAAACAAUAUAAUGAUCCUCCAGACUCCAAUUGAGAAAAGAACUUUGCUGGAGUUAUAUUUUGUCCCUUUUGUUUUCCUUUAAAAUAUUUCUCCGUAGCAAUUGCAGAGUUUUCAUUGGCUUUACUGGGGUUUUCAUUGGUGUUUGCAUAACAUAAGAAGCUGCUUUCAACUAAGUCAGAUCAUUGGUCCAACUUGCUCAGUAUUGCUUGCACUGACUGCCAGCAGCUCUCCAGAGUUUCAGGCAGGGGACCUUCCCAGGCCUUGCUGGCGAUGCCUGGGAUUGAACCUGAGACCAUCUCUGGGCAAAACAGACACACUAUCCUUGAGCUACAGACCUUUCCUUAGAAAAUUACCUUACCUAAACCACUUUGUGAUGAAGAUGUAAAUUGUGCAUUGGCUAGACUGUACAUGCCAUUGCUCUUCUGCAUUCAGUUCUGCAUGAACAAUGUUCUCAAUGCGAGUCAAAUGGAAGGAGAGAGACUCAAAAGAUUCUUUUAAGUAUUACAUGUGGAAACAUUCUUUUUUUAAAAGUGUUAUUCAUUUUGAACAAGGUAUACUCUUCAGUUGCUAUAUUCCAGCUUUGCAUCUCAUCCCACCAAGUCAUGAUGAUGAUACCUAUCAGAUCACACAUGUCUUUCUACAUUAGGAUUUCAAGUUCAUCCUGGCUUCCUAUAAUGGUUUGUUUGGGAGAAAAACACCAUGGGCACUUUUAAGCCAGCCAUGCCAUUUCCCAUUGGGAGAAAGGGACAAGUGAAGUGAGCGUAUUGAGGCUGCUUGCACUAGCACACAGUUUAUUCACAAAUGAAUUUACCUAACAAUAGUUAUUGACAGGCUUUAUACUUGAACACGGCCAUUGUGAAUUGGACUCCUGUAUGUUGACAUAUGAUUCAAGCAAACACAGUUCAAAGUUACCCAUGAGUUGGAGGAAAUGGUGGAGAUUCUUUCCUGAACCAAAAUGUAGUACCUACUGCAUGUAGGGCCAAUUAUGAUACUACUUUUCUUUCACUUUUAAAGAGAGAGAGGAGGCUACAACUGAGCUCUCUGAAAACAAUGCAACAGCGGGAGCUGAUGUAGACAAGCGGGUGAAACGGCGACUGCUCAUGGGUAAGAGUGCUCUAGUCUGAUAGUUGACACUGAUAACUUACCAAACCUUCCUUUGUGAAAUGCCAUUUCCCCAGUUUUAAGUGUUGUAGCUUAUAUGAUUAUUUUCAGCAUCAGGAAACACUUUUACCCAUUCUACUGAAUAAAGUCAAUGGGGAUUUUGCUUGCUUUCAUGCUGGUACAGUUUAGCAUGGGAAAUUCUCGGCAAGACAGUUCAAUAUUCCGUUGAACCAUAUAUCAUGUCCUUUCCCUUUGUCAAGUAUCUCACAGAUUCAUGCAAAUGCACUUACGCAUUUGCACAGGGGAUUAUACCUUUCCUACUUGCACUAAGUUUGAAAUCUGUAGUAGCAUAUAGAAUUCAAUCUUAUCUUUAUGAAAGGAGGUUCUUUGCAACUUAAGAGAGAAUUUCCCCCCAGUCGUGUUAUGUGGCUAAUCAUGUAGAAAACAUGUACAAUGGGGAAUGAUCAAGCACCCUUGAUUAAAAUGAAAUUCUCUUGAAAUAAAAUAGGACUUGCCUUCAAAUAUUGUGCUUCAGGUAGUGUCCCAGACAAGGAGACUUUGUAAAGAUACAGAAGAUACAGUCCUAAGACUGUGAUUUGAAUCCAUUCCACUUUCCGGUCUACUGGUCUGCCUUGGGGGGGAGGAAUAGCCAUAUUUUGGGCCUUAGCUGCAGUUCUGCACAAAGGUCAGGAAUUGAGUUCAUUCACAUUAAUUUAAAUUUCAAGCCUAUUCAUCUAUUCUGCAGGAUAUGAGAAUCCCUAUCUUAAUUUAAAGACCUUAAAAUGUUAUUUUCCUAAUUAAGGCAUGUUCUUUCUCUUAAUUUGCUCCAAAAAAACCCCUGUGGCCUGCUGAGGAUAAUGUGGUUAAGCACACCCUCUUCUUUGAUACAACCAUUCACCUUCACUUGACUUAGAGUGCUCUUUUACAUUUGAGUGAACAGGGUGCACCUUCUGUCAUGGAAACAUGAAGCCUGAGUCCAUAUCCUUUGGGUGAAUGUAGUCAGUUGUCCACCCCACAGGAUCUUAUGCAGGCAUCAUGCCUUCACGUAGUUACCAACAUGUGAAGUGAAGAGCAGGAUGAGCUCCCUGGCCCUGCCCUCCCUGUAAUAUCUCCCAUUGCCCAAUCAGGAGUCUAAAUUACAAAGUGCCUGACAUGAGCAUAGUAGGUUCCCUACUGCAGUCCUUUGCCCUCCAAAAUGUGGAGGAUGGCAGGACCAGCCACGGGGACCCAGCAGAUGGAGUUGAGCCAGUGAGCGUGGCUUUGCUUUCCCCCUUCUUUACAUUUGGCUACAGUUGUCACAUCUUCUGUUGAAAAUUUUUGAAGCUAUAAUUUAAGUUUUCUGUAGCAGAGUUGUCCAUAUCUUAAUUUAAAAUUGGCAAGUUAGAAUGGAAGUAAUUCAGUUGGAAAAGAUCAAAUACCACAUGCUGCUUUUAAAUUCUCUUUUAGUUUUUCCUUCUGCAAAUGCCAGAUUUUAUUUCCUUUCCUUAGAAACAUGUGCAGUAAAUAAUGGUGGCUGUGAUCGCACUUGUAAAGACACCUCAACAGGUGUUCAUUGCAGCUGUCCUCUUGGAUUUACCCUUCAGUUUGAUGGGAAGACAUGCAAAGGUAGAGUUUAGACCUUUUUUUUUUUUUUUUUGCAAUGUGCAUAUAGAAAUUGCUGCUUUUGCAGCAUCCCAAUGAAAACCUUGCCAUUUGUAACUUAUUAAGAAAACAAGCAAAAAAAUUGAAAUGGGAAGCUCAGCUGUAAUUUGCAUAUGGUCCUUUAAAUAGUCCCCACUUUCAAACAGUUAGAAAUGGGUGUUUAGGGUGUUCAUACAGGGAGACACACAGGUCUAAAAUACAUAGUAAACAUAACCCAGAAUUGGCAAUUGGCUGGGGGAUCUUCGGCAUGUGCAUUACAUUUUCUGACUUUUCUUCUGUUCAUGUAGAACCAAAAUGGGUUGGAAGAAGAACGUGUAAGAAUGAACUACCCACCUUCCAUCAUUUAAUUUACGACACUAUAUUUAUCAGGCAAACCAAUAUGUCACAAAACAACGUGCAAGGUUUUUUUAGUUCCCCUUAACCUCUUGUUUCUGCAUGUGUCACUGGUUCUGUGGGCACCUCCUCUUGAGGGCAGAUAAAUCUGCUUCCUCUGUGCCCCAGGAGUCAUAAAACGAUCCUGCCAUACCUAAUUCAGCAGAGCUGCCCAGCCGUGCCUGAGGCUGAUAGACCAGAACAGUGAAUCACUGAGAAUUGUCACAGGCAGCUUCCUUUGUAGCUGUGUAUUCUGGCCUCAUAGGAACCUUUAAUAAAUUUAUUUUAUUACUUUAUUGUGUUCAUGCACACAGUGUAUGAACUACAGGUUUAAUCAGUGGGAAUCUGACUUAAGCCUAGCGUGAUAGUACUUUUAAAACUAUUUUUAAACAACAACAAUUUAUUAUUUGUACCCACCCAUCUGACUGGGUUGCCCUAGCCACUCUGGGCGGUUUCCAGCAUAUAUAAAAGCAUAAUAAAACAUUAAAGCUUCCGUCUAAGGGGCUGCCUUCAGAUGUUUCCUAAGUGUUAUAUGAUUUAAAUAUUAAAAUGUUAUAUAAUUACUUGAAACUAGAAUCCUCGUGGCCUGAAUGGAAGAAAUGAUUGCUGUAUAAGGAGAUGGGAAGAGCACUCAGAAAAUGGUUGAUAUUUACAGUAUAUACCUUUUUUGGGGAUCUGUCAAGAAAAGGAAAUCAAGCUUUGUAUCCUUUGUUUCUUUAUUCACAGAUAUUGAUGAGUGUCAGGCCAGUAACGGUGGAUGUGAUCACUUUUGCAGAAACACAAUUGGUAGUUUUGAUUGCAGCUGCAAAAAAGGCUAUAAAUUAUUAACUGAUGAAAAGUCUUGUCAAGGUAUGUGCAGGGGCAAGCAAUAAAAAUAUAAAUAUGUUUGGAACAGUUUGAGCAUGUAGGUUGUAAUGAGGUGCUAAUGAAUUCCAGAAAUAAUGUUCUGGAGUUGAAUUUAUUUCAUGACUCAGCUUCUGUCAGCUUUAGUAGGUGCAUUAAUCCAUGUUUCUAGACAACCAUUAAUGAAGCCAUCAUUGACAAUGACUUCUGCAAAGCAGAACUGAUUACCAAGAACCCAAAACUCAAUCCACUGUUCUUUAUCUUUUGGUUGUUGUUUUUUUUAAGAUCAGAUGUAGCAUGACAAAUAGGAAAUGUAGAAUUUAUGAGAGUUCAAGUGAAAGUACCAUUUGAAUACAGUUUGUUUUAGUAUUAAGUCUCUCAUCUUUCCACCUAAUCUGUUUACCAACCACAUUCUUGCUGGAACGAUCAGUAGUUAGCUCAUUAUUUAAUUAAAAUUGUGCUACUAUUCAAAUUUGUGUUUGAAGUAGGCUAUUUUUUUCUAAGUAAAAUAAUAAUAUGUUAACAGUUUAAAAACCUACACAAGUGCUAGUUGAAUACAGUAUUUUGUGCACCUACCUAUUAUUCAUUUUUCUACCAAUUACUUAUCUUUUAAUCCCUGAUCUCAACCUCCAUCUGGGUGUUGUCUAUGUACAAUGUUCACCUUUUGGCCUCUGUUUGGCUGGGUUAUUGCUAGAAAAUGUAAAAGGUAAGGUAAAAAGGUAAAGGGUCCCUGGACGGUUAAGUCCAGUUGAAUUGCACUAUGGGGUGCGGCACUCAUCUCUCUUCAGGCUGAGGCAGCUGGCAUUUGUCCACAGACAGCUUUCUGGGUCUAGUGGCCAGCAUGACUAAACCACUUCUGGCACAAUGGUACACCAUGAGGAGUGCCAGAGCGCAUGGAAACACCGUUUACCUUCCUGCCACAGCGAUACCUAUUUAUCUACUCGCUCUAGUAUGCUUUUUCGAACUGCUCGGUUGGCAGGAGCUGGGACAGAGCAACGGGAGCUCACCCCAUUGCACAUAUUUGAACUGCCGACCUUACGAUUGGCAAGCCUAAGAGGCUCAGUGGUUUAGACCGCAGCACCACCUACGUCCUGUUAUUUCUAGAACAAUGAUUUCAGUAUUAAAUGUCAUAUAGCAGUUGUAUUAGUACCAACAAGAUGGUGUAUUCGGGAUAAACCAAGGCAUUCCACACAAAAAUGUAUGGAUGCCGAUUGCCCUAUUAAAAUGGGAAGAGCCUCUUCUAGGGGGUGGUUGGGAUUAGAGAACUGAUAGGGGAGGGGGUGCUUACCACCUUCCCUGCCCAUUUUUCCAAAUUUCCUCCAGAGCAGUGGCCUCCUUUUUAAAUUCAAGAAAAUAUUUAUUAAAAUCUGUGUUGGAGGAAGGAGCUGUUUUAAGAGGCAAUGUGGAGAAUGGAAAUAGCAGGUGAGAAAAGGCACACCCUUACAGCUAUUUCAUUCUCACCUCCCCACACCUGCCUCCAAACUGUCUUUCCCACCUUUUAAAGGACAAUCAGAAUGAUGUUACAUGCAUCUGUGUGUAAUGUUUAGUUUGGCCCUUGCAAUGCAAUAAAUACUACUUUUUUAUUUUUCUCUGAGCAACUGCACCUUCCUUUCUUGCUGAUUAUUAGGAAGGUUGGCUGGCUAGGGAAAGUUUCUAAAGAACCUCAAGUUCCAACACCUCUAUUUUUAGAAAAUACCUGCUGGCUAUCGACUUACUAUAUUUUGCCUGCCCAGAGAUACAAAGAACCACUUUAUUAUUCUGCAGUCAGUGGCAUUUUAAUCAGUAGACCAAUGUUUUCUACCGUUGUUAAGUCAGUAGGAAAAAGAAGAAGGAAAGUUAAGUAUUGCUUGAGAAAUAUUGUUUCCUCUUUGCCUGGUCUCAGCUACCUUAUAACAAAAUGUUUUCAGUGGUCUAAAAAAGCAUAAGAAUUCACUUGAACAGCAGUUCUACUCUUUGGUUUGCCACAUGUGAUAUACUAACUGUCUCAUGGUGUUUUAAAAUCCACUACUUUUUCAAAAAAACCGAGUACUUUUCUUUUCAUCCAGCUUUCCUAGUAUAUAAAUGUCUCCUAAUCAUAAUGUGAAAUAAUGAAGUGUCCCUUUAAAAAUUGCAGACAUUGAUGAAUGUACAUUUGAAAGAACAUGUGACCAUAUAUGCAUCAAUCAUCCAGGCACUUUUGAGUGUACUUGCAACAAAGGAUACACACUCUAUGGCUUCACACAUUGUGGAGGUGAGUGUAUAUAUAAAGUUCUUGCUGGCAUUCUUAUUGCUUGUGCUGUCUUUAACAUCUUUAACAUCAAUUGGAAAUGUGGGUUUUAAACCCAGUGUUGCAGAUUUUUCAGAUGUUUGCCUUUCUCUUUUUUGGUCAGUUUGAAGCAAAAGACUACUAACUGUGUAUUUAUCAUACAUUUGCUGAAGUAACUUUUCCUUCUCACUUUUACUGGAAAGCAACUAUGUCUAUUAGAACAAACAGUUGCAUUCCACACUUGGGUACUAAGAGAGAGGUUUUGCAGAAUGGCUGCCUGCAAAACGCCCAUUGGUUUCAGCAGGUAUUAUGCACGGUAGCUACCUCCAAGGCUAGGCCCUAAUCCAAAAAGGUUUCAAAAAACAGAUUAUGUUUUUUAGUUUAGUUUUUAGUAAUUUAGUUUUUUCUAACCGAAAUACGUAGAUGUAGCUUUGACAAGCUGAGUAAGUCAUUUACAGUCUCUUAUGGUUUUAAAAUGUUUCUGUGGGGAAAGCCUGGGUCUUCAAGUCAUUUUAUUUUGGUUCCGACAUAACAUUAAACCAAACCGUGACACUUUACUCCACCUCUGGCUCUUCUGCUGUGAGUUAAGUCAUGGUUUGGCUUAGCACAUGGGUAGGCAAACUAAGGCUCAGGGGCUGGAUCCGGCCCAGUCGCCUUCUAAAUCUGGCCUGCGGACAGUCUGGGAAUCAGCGUGUUUUUACAUGAGUAGAUAAUGUGUCCUUUUAUUUAAAUGCAUCUCUGGGUUAUUUGUGGGGCACAGGAAUACGCUCAUUAUUAUUUUUUUCAAAAUAUAGUCUGGCCCCCCACAAGGUCUGAGGGACAGUGGACCGGCCCCCUGCUGAAAAAGUUUGCUGACCCCUGGCUUAGCAUGUUGUCCAAACCUACACUUGUGGUUUGUUUUGCUCCAGACAAAGCACCCACGCUAAGCCAAUAAGAAACAUUGGUUGCGGCUUAUCUAGAGCAAGACAAAUCAUGAGUCUGGGUUUUGUCAUUUGUUAUUUUGUAAUAUCUUAGUUUUGUAUGCAUUUAUUUAGUAAUGUAUUUUGUUGUUUAUCUUGUGCUAUGCAUCCUGGGUUCUUAUGUCCUGGGCUCUUAGAAGAAAGGGUGAUUAAUAAAAUAAUAUAUAUGCAUAUUUAGGUUCCCCAGGCUUCAGAACUAAGCUCACUUAUUUGGCCCAAAAUUCUAUUGAAUUUUGCAGGCUUACAAUUAAGUGUGUGUGUGUGUGUGUGUGUGUGUGAGAGAGAGAGAGAGAGAGAGAGAGAGAUCUUGCCACACUUUCUAUAUAUACCAUAGUCCAGCAGUAGCCAACUUGUGCCCUCCAGAUUUUGUUGGACUCCAACUCCAGCCAACAUAUCCAAUGGUCAGGGAUAUGGGUGGAGCUGGAAUCCAGCAACAUCUGGCAGGUGCCACAUUGGCUACCCCUAGCAUAGUGAAUGUAUUAUUGUACCCAGCAGUAGUUUUGCAUGUGCUACUCUACGCUGAGCACAGUAGGAACUGCACUAAUUUUUUGGUUAAAUGUCUCUCUUCCCCCACCCUAUUCUGCUAUAGAUGUCAAUGAGUGUAGCAUCAACAAUGGUGGCUGCCAGCAUACCUGUGUAAACACACUGGGGGAUUAUGAGUGCCACUGUGAUGCUGGCCACAAAUUACACUGGAACAAAAAGGACUGUGUUGGUAAGAUUCAAGAGCCCCCAAUGGUUUUUACAACUUUGGUUUCCUGCACAUUUGAAGCAAUUUUGAUAACAAUGAUCCACUGAGCACAGCAGUGUGGAUCCGCAUUAUCACGGCCAAAGGCAGACAGUACUUUUUAAGAGCUGGAAGUGAUCUGAAAGAGAGUGCACUUCUCUUAUCAUACAUCCAUGUUUCUUUUAUCUCACUGUUGCAUCUGGUGAACCAGGUUUCUGGAGCAGUCAAAUAUCUUUGGAAUCUGCUUACCAUGAGGUGAAAGUGUGAUAUUAGAGCAGUGAUCCAUCUUUCAAAUUGCAGCCAGUCCUCUGAAAAAUCUAUUGUAUGUCUUCAGCCUGCAGUACUAUUUUGUUUCUAACUGGCCAUCAUGGCUGUCUGUCAAAGCUGGCUUAAAAACAAAACAAAACAGGAGAUACUUUCAGGUCUUUGAUGCUUUCUUUCCUGUGCUUUUAAUCUGGGCUGUUUUUUCCUUUUGUGGUUGCCUGCAUUAAAAAAACACCAAUUUCAGUAUUUUAUAGAAAAGAGGAAAUGUAUAUAUACUGUUUGUGCCUUCCUUCUUCAUCAAUAUUGAUUUUGUGCCAUGCAUAGCUUCACUUUUGCAUUUUAGAACCAUAUCUGUCAUUAGUUUUCUUCUCCUGUGUGUAUCUGUAUUUUGCCCUAUAGAAAGGUCCAUGCCUGAUGUCAGUUUACCCAAAAUAUCUCUGCACUGCAUUAAGACUGAUGGAAGCAAUAGGUGUUUUUUAAUCUGCCCCUCUGACAUUCAUCUGACCUCUGGUAAGUCAUGCAGAACACAGUGAUUAUUUUGUUGUUGUUAUUUCUAAGUAAAAGAAUAGAAACCCUAGAAAAAUUCUGGAAAUAUUCAUUAAAUCAUAUACCACUACCCAUAUGCACAUUCUGUAGUAUUCAUCUCCUGCUACAUGAAUUUAUACCAGAUUUCCCUUGUGAAAAUCACUUGGCAGACAAAAUAUUCAAAAUAAAUAAAUAUGCGUGCCAGACUUAGUGAUGCGUCACUUGUGCCUUAGUACUGUAAGCUUGAGAAUCUAUUCAGAAACUGGAUUGAGCUUCCAGGAAUAUAUUUCAGUAGUAUUCUAGUAUGUGUUUCUGUUUUAUUGUAUAGCUUUAUGAUCUGUCUCUUAGGCCUUGAAGAUUCCUACAAUAUAAAAUGUGGCAGCCCUUCUCCACUUAAGAAAAAAAAACAAAAUGCCAGUGAGUCAACUGCUCUAGGUAAAUUAUCUGCUAUAUAUUUUUCCAUCUUGGGCUUGGGCUGGUUUAUAUCUUUUAAGGGUUCUGCUUAAUCAAAGAAAUUGUGGUCAAUUUCUAAAUUUGCAUAUGAAUAAAACAGUUAUGCAGAAAAUACUCACUUUAUUGUAGCAGGUACCCUCAUAGAAGAGGCAUUUCCUUGUAAGGAAUAAAAAAGGGGGUGUUUUUUAAGAUGGCACUGCCAACCUUGGAUUCUGCAAGUGCUUUUAUUGGCAAUUUUUUGAAAAAACCAAUCUGCUUCCCAGUUAAUCGGGGGCACUUUUUAAAACUGAUCCUAAGGUUUUUAAACAAUUAACGGAAGAAAUGUUGCAACCCAAGUUUUGUGCUGCUGUUUUGUUAAAAAGGGCAACCAAACUAGAGUAGCCUUUUGUAGAUUCUUGAAGACAGUGCAUAGUUCAGUGGCAGAGGGGAAGAUCUCAACUUCAUUCAUAGGUAUCUCUUGUAAAAUCAUCUCAGGUUAGCAGGGUUUGGAGCAGUCUUUGGCAGUGACUUGUGCUCAGGACGCAUAGUGCUGGUCUAAGUGGAUCAUUUGUGUGUUUCAGUGUAAGGCAGACUUUACGAGUGGCACCUUUAAUGAAACGUGUUCCUAUUCAGUCCUACAGGAUUGUCAUUGCUACCAUUUUCUGUUCUCCAUGCUCCACUUGUCAGUUAGCAUCCCAUGGCCACCAUUAAGCACACUCAGUCCUUGUUAAGCUGUUUCCCCACCCCAACAUAACCCAUCGUUCUCCCCUAAAGAUUUUUUGUAGUUCUGCAAACUUUGGGAUUUUCCCAAAGCCUGGUGAUACAUCCCUCAUUUGUGUAAGCUUUGGAUCCAAAAGCAACAGCAUUCACACAUGAAAAUAAGAAGUAGAAGGGAUGGUUCUGCUUUUAAAUGCAUUAGGGAUGCUGCUAUACAGUCUACCAGUUGCCAGGAAUAGUAUUCAUAUGGCAUAAGUGGAGCAGAUGAAUUGCAGAUUUUGUCUUUGUUUAUUAAGUUUUAAAACACCCUUCAUCUGAAGAUUUCAGGGCAGUUUGCAGCAUAGAAAUACAAAAUAAAAACACAAAAUACAUAAUAAAAACAAAGAAAAAAGAAAGAAACCCCCCAAACACUUUUAAAAGGACAUAGAAUGUUAAUCAGCCAAAGGCCUGGUUGGAGAGGGACAUUUUCCCUUGGCGCCUAACAAUGUAUAAUGAAGGCACCUGGCGAGCUUCCCUGGGAAGAGCAUUCCACAAACUGCUUAUUGAUUUGCUUUCACUUUAUGUGAAAGCUCUUUCUCUUGGAGAGAGAAGAAGGUUGGUCACUUUUUAUUUUCAAAGUGUUGACGAUGCAGUGUUUGAAAGCCACCUGAGUUACCCACUUGGUUUUACGUCCUUGCAUAGGAAAGUAACAAUUUUAAUGUUUCUUCCUGAAGAUCUUUCUACCAUCAGGACAAGCGUAACCUUUAGAUUUAAUGAAGGAAAAUGUAACUUGAAAAAGAGUAAGAUGUUUCAAGAUGCCCUUCAUCAUAUAAUACCAGGUAUGGAUGAAUAUGCGUGAUUAAAACGGCUUAAUUUUGUAGAUCAGUAAAUGCUAGAGGCUCCCAGUGGUGUGUGAUGUGUAGUUGUAGUUACUUUUUGAAGGACCUUGGUAAUGUUUGGUCAUGAUCAUGCACUAUAGAUACAUGAUUAGUCAGAACAAUAUUAUUCUGCUUCCCUGCAACCGCUCUGUCCAACGGUAGGGCCACAGGACAGGUCCAGGCCUCCUUUCACUUCUGUUGCUAUGUGGUGCUCCAGACCUCCGCACCUAAUAACCCAUUGUUAGGUGCCAGGUGGGAUAUGGAGCCAACACCCAUCAUGGAACGGAACGCAUAUAUAGCCUAAGGUGAGCUGAGUUUGAAAAUAGCUUCAGCUGCAGAAGAAUCCAAUGGGAGGAGUUUAAGAUUAUUUUUCUAUAGCUUGAUACUCUACAAUAAUUUCUGUAGCCAGUCAUAGGCAAGGCUGCGUGAGGGAUGGUCAGGUGAAGAAAUGGACUUUUGAGUCCCAGACAAAAGAGAACGGGGGGCCGUGGCAAGAGUGCAAAAUAGGAACCUUUGCAGUCAGAAUGUGUGCUUGUACAUCAGGUGUGUAAUGGGGAAGGCUUAAAGAUUAGAGAGCAUUACAGUUUAAUGAACCAUGGUUGGAGAACUUCAGAUUACCUAUCACGCUAUGUUACAGGGCAGUUAAGGGGGAAGGGGGACAUAUGGGCAGUCUAAAUGGGAUCUGUCCCAAAGGCUAGUGAUUAUGUAUGUGCAUCACCAGGAAAAGUGUUGAAUACAUCUUGACUGACUUGAUUUCUUGUUGAUGCAAGGGUACACAGCUCAGCCCAUGUUUGAGGUGCCGCUGUAAAUUUUUCCAGAUCAGUUUGCUGACAAGUGACGCAGUAAAUGUCUGGACUCCCAAACACGGUACCUAAUCACAAGUCUAGGGCCACCUGGAUACGUUUCCUUUCAUUCUUAAAAGAAACGCAAUAUGUGAGCAAAUGCUUAGAACUAUAGCCAUGCAAAUCUUCCUAGUAGCAAACUGACUGAGGUCCUGGCAGUCCAAGUUUGAACUUUUAAUGGUGUAGAGCUUUGUCAUAGCUGGUUUAAGCGUGUAAAAGGAACAAUGGAGCUAAUUUUCAAUAAACUAAUUUGGGCAGCAUUAAGACCUUGGCACUGGUUUUAGUCUAAUGAAAUAGAAAAUGUGUCCAAAUACCAGACUGUACCAUACACCAUCGAGUGCAGUUGCUUGUCGUUUGUUAGCAUCUGGAAUGAAUCAUACAGCCCCAUAACCAUUUUCUCGGCAACAUUUAUCAAGCCUUAGAAAGGCCCUACAGCAUAGAUGGCUCUUGCUUCCUUUAAUUUUCUUCACACAGAGAAACAUAAUUCAGUAAUGGAGAAGAACUUCUACUAUGUAAAUCUGACGUGCAGUUCUGGCAAGAGAACUCUUGGAGACCUCAGCAGCUUGAAGGCAGCUAGAGAAAUGUUUAUAUCUGCAGACUUUGAGCUUGAAACAAACCAAAAGGAGGUGACAGGUUGGUUGGAAAGGAACCCACAAUACAAUUGAAAGAUUAUGGGUUUGAGGGAGCUUUGUUGCAGUUUGUUCCUUGAUUUCUCUCUCUUUCACUUUCACCUUCAUGCAAAAAGAAAAAAGUAUCUCCUGUUUUAAAGCUUUAAUAUUCAUUUCCCCUAUGGUCAGAAAGCUACUAUCACUAGAUGUUCACCAUUUAAUUGCUGUCUGUUUUGAGUAUAUUGAAAAGUUUAACACAGAAUAAUGUAUUGCCGUAGUUAAUACAGUCUAUCAUUAUUGUACUGACAGCUCUUUUGAAUCUAGUAUUGUUGCACUUUAGUGCUUUCUGCUCUUGAUCGCGACCACCUGUACCUUUCUAGAAACAUGCAAUCUGAGCUGUGCACGUAAGAGGACUGAGAAAAGACUUCGUAAAGCAAUUAGAACGUUGCGGAAGGUGAUCAAUAAAGAACAAUUCCAUAUUCGCCUGUCUGGUGUGAAUCAUGAUGUGGCCAGAAAAUCUGCCAGGGUGCUGGAAACACAAGAAGUCUGUGGCCUGGGUCAAAGGCAUGUGGGCAACAAAUGUGGUGAGCACAGAUGUGAUCAGAUGCGUUGAUCUAACGCGUAUGUAACAGUGACAGAAAGCUAAGAAAGACCAGAGUCUGGUGAUGCAGUGCAGUGGAAUUCCACCAGAGUGGAGCGUCUCGCAAAGUGCUGAGCGGGGAAACCUCACUUUGAUUGGCUGUGGGUACAGAUAACCCAAGUGGGGUGGAGACAGGAAAAAGAAACCAUGAUUUAGCUUUACGGGCAUUAGCAGGAAGACGCCACCAUGAGUCUUGGGCUCACACAUUUCUACCUUCCUCUUUUUUUCCCUUCCUGCACAGCUGAGAGGUGAGCUUCAACAGUGUUUAACUUCACUUUCCAUAAAACCUCAUAUGACCUUAUGUAUGGAACAGAAACUUUUCAAACUGCAAAUUCUAGUCAGUUUCAGAGCAAGCCAUCUUCAAACCAUGAGUCAUAUAUUAAACCACAAUCUCUGAUUUGUGCAACAUGACAAGCGAGGAUUAGUGGAAAGUGAGAAUAAGUUCUGCUAAAGUCCUCAUUGCGGCCAAUUGCGGGGGAGGUGGCAGGGGAAGUGUGUGAGCACAAGACUCAGGGUGACUCUUUCCUUUUCAUUUCUGUAAUGCUCAGCUGUGGCAUCCAGUGGGCUGGCUGCAUGAGGGCUAAUAAACCGUGUGAAUAGGCUGUAUUUGUAUCCUUCUGAACUCCGUAAAUUUAGAAGGGCAAGUGUUUCCCAGUUUUUACCCUCUCUAUAUUCAUAAACGAAUCUCCCCUUCACACGGUAAGUUGUUAACUGUUGCAAGUAUAGGCAUGUGAAGCACACAUUAGGCAUUUGCGCAGACUUUAAAUGUUUAGUAAAUCUGAUCCUGUUAUUUUAGGUUUUAUUAUCUAUAUUAUGAUGUUGUUAGGAUGGUGUUUUCAGUGUUUGCAUUUUAAUGUUGUUUGAUUUUAACUUCCAUCAUCAGCGCUGAUUUUUUUAAAAAUUGUGUUAUGGGGCACAAAUGCGUCUUUCAGUCAGUCUUUGUUGUACUGUAAGCAUAUAAAGUGACACUUCACCAAAAGAACAUUAACUUUCACUGUGGCUCAGUUUUAUUUUUCCUAAAAAGAAGAAAAAGUGACACAAAGAACUUUCUGUUUAGAAAUUUCCCCCCCUGCUGUUUUUUCCCGUGUAUCUGAUUCCCAACAUCUUGCAACUUUCUUUCCUUUCAAAUGAAAAGAUAUUGAAAGAGGUGCUGGGGGAGAGGGGAAUAAAUUUUCCAAACCAGAGAUAAAUAGCUGGCUAUUCUGCCAACCUGCUGCUUAAGGAAUAAUAGACUCAAGACCUAACUCCUAAUGCGCAUAAUUUACCCAUAUGACCACAGCUUGUGAACCAAUAAACACCAACACAAAAAGAUCCUAAAACAAUACAGAGGGCUGCUUAGAAAUAAGUUUCCAUCGGGUUUUUGUGUUUUUCUUAUAAAGUCAGGGCAUGGCUCUUAGGGGAACAGUUAGUUGUGGAUCACGACCUCUUUUAUGAGGCUCACCUUUUUCCAUCAUGGAGACACUAUAGAGUUUGUCCAUGGCAUCAAAAUCUUAAAGGCUAAAAGUAUUGAAUAGAGUGAAAGAGCCUUUAAAUGUCCUUAUAACUACUAUUCCUGGCUCCCUGGAGUUGCCUUUCUCCCCCUCUUUCUUUUGCAUCAGAAUAGCUUUCACUUUUUCAAAGAGUUGCAGUGAUUAAGAAUAGGAUUUUAAUGGUCACUGAAGACAAACAAAGACAGUGGUUAUAGGAAUGAAUCCUGCUGAAGGCAAAUGGUUCUUCAGCUCAUUUGAAGGAAAACAAGCAGGUUGUGGGGAAAUAAAAAGCAGGCAAAGAAACCUUGCUGAAUCCUUGAUGUAGUGCCAUUAUUUCCAAGUCGUUGCUCUUUGUUGUGAAAAUAGACUUUUUUUGUACUGUGUGGCACACCUUGUGCUUUAUUCUGUGGGACUAAAACUUUGCAGCUUAAUUUUUAAACUAAUAUUUGUACAGAAGAAUUUAAGGCUGCGGCGACAUUUUUAUUUCAGUUUUUGCUCCAUACAGAGUGAUCAGUUGUGCUUCAGUAGCUUUAAAAAUGUGCACACUGACACACCCACCCUUUGAUUUUCAGGGAACUGGACACAUCAUAGAGGAUAACGUUUCACAAGCAAGCAUUGACCUUAAAUAUUUCUGAAAAGACUUAGCUCAUUUAUAGUGUGGCCAUUCUAAUGAAUGCUACAUAGGGGUCUCUUUUAAUAGGAUGGAGAUGGAAAGGGUUAUAUUUUACAGCCAUGGAAAGAACUAGUAAGGACUAUCUGACUGGGAACCAGUCCUCUGAUAGGAUACAUAACUCUGCAAAGAAUGGUCAGAAAUAUAUAGUCCUUAUUUUGAGGGGCGUGGAGGAGUAAGACAAGGAGAUGGGCAGGGUGCUAAUAAUAUAAACAAACAAACAGUUUUAGGUCUCUUUCCCAAACAUACCAAUUGAGAGAUUGUUUCUGCUGCUUCUGUUCAAACUAUUAAAUAUGCAAAAGCCCAGACAGUAGCUGUGGAUAGUUAGUCAAAGAACUUUGAAAUCCCAAUGAUUUUGGCAAGAGAGGGUCACUCUACUUCCUUUCACUGAAGUGAAAUUAAACAGUUGCCUUAUACUUCAGUAGUCUAGUUAGCCAAGUAUUCUAUGCUAUAAUUAUCCCAGAGAAGAGGAGUUUAUCAAUCAGUCCUGUUACCAGUUAUUUAACUUGAAGCAUUUUCACUGACCUAUGGUUCUGCCACAAUCAGAGAGCAAAAAGACUUAAAGUCCAUGUAAGCCAACCCCUCACAAAGCAGGACAAUCCAUUUGUGUUUCUGUAGAUGGUUUUGAAAAACCCGAGAGCAGUCUUCUUGGAACAGAACAGAUGAUCAAGCCUUUACUUGAGGGUCAAUUUUUCUAUCUAUAGGGAAAGUAGAAGCCUUCCCCUGUAUGUGACCAGACAGAAAAUUUACUUCCUGACCCUAAAUAUGACCAUGAGGCACACAGCAUGAAAAAAACAUCCCAAAGUAAAAAAUAAUGGGACUCAAUUCUCUGCCUCCUGGUAUCCCCAUUUCCACCCAUCCCAUAGAAGAUGAUCACCGAUUCAUUGUUGCUGACAGUUUCUCUUCUCUUCUUAGCUAGCUGCAGUGUUGGAACAUAUUACGAUGGGGAGCAAGAAAGCUGCAUUCUAUGUCCGAAUGGAACUUACCAAGACAAUGAAGGCCAAAUAACUUGUGAACCUUGCCCAAACCCACAGAAUCCCGGAAACCAAAAAACAGCUGGAGCUCACAGUAUAUCUGAAUGUGGAGGUGAGGAUGUUGCACCUUACAGAGUCAUGAACAUUAUUGCUUCUUCCUCCUUGGUAUGAUUUGAAAGCACCCAUUAGUUCAGCCUUCUUUUCUCACAUGCCAUGUUUACAUUGGUCUGGACAGUGUCUGCGCUGCAUGUGUAUGCAGGUUUGGCGUAGACAGCGAUCAAUAUGUAUAUGGGUGUGGAUACAUUUCAUUACUGUACUCGCCUUCCCAGUGUUGUUUGCACUGAUGCAUCUGGAGAUAACGUGGAAAUGUAGCCUGAAGAGAGGUAAAGUUGCAAGCUUCCAGUACAUCCUUGCCAUGUGCUUCUUUGAUCAGUUCGGUAUCAGAUUCUUGCACCAGUUUGGGGGAAAGUGGAAAUAAAAGAAAACUAAGGAACAGUCUUAGGCGGAAGGAAGAUGACCCGUGCUGGCUAUAGCACAUCAGUUUCCAUUAAUCUAAAUUUGUCCAAUAUUUUACGAUAUUUCAGACACUGUAAUCUGUGCAACAUUCUGUAUCUGGAAAAUGUAGUUUACUAAGAGGAAUAAGACAUUUCGCUUUUUCUCUCUUUUUUUGCCAGACAUAUAGAACUGUGGGCAAUGAUAAAAUAUUCUCCUAUACAGUUUAUACAUUUAUGUCAACAUUGUUUUAAAGUGUAGCUAACCAAGGAUGCUAUAGCAGCAGAUUUCCUGCAUUGGCAGAGAUUUGGGCUAGAUGACCUCCCACAUCUAUGAUUCUUUGUCAUACCUUAACACAUAUGAGUCAGUUUGAUUUUAAAGAAUGUAGAGGAAUAUAAAAUAUAAUAGAGGAAAGGGGAUCCUGUAAGACUUCUCAGCUCUCCUAAGAUAAUUACUGAUUUUCUUACAUUAUUUGUACAAUGGCAAGAUUUGCAUUACCAAAUUCCCCUGAAGUUCUGCUUGUAGGAAAUAUCCAGGGAGCAGUCAGGAAGAAAAAAUAUAUUCAGAAUUUAAUUGUGGCUGCCAGUAUGUAUGCAUGCCCAGACUCUGGAAAAGAUCAAACUGUGUCUGAUGUCAAAAGUUGGUUAAUAAGAAUCUGGAAUGUUGCACUUAGGGGAAAUGAGCAAGCUCUGUUAUAUUAAGGGAGCUCAGGAUUCCUUUGUAUAAAUAAAACUGCAUCCUUUUAUAUAGGAGGAUCACAGACCUGAAUUUGGUUUUGAGAAGGCACUUCCUUCUGUUGGGAAAAAUGUUUAGCAUAAAUAUUUGAAGAGCUACAGUAGUGAUAAAUUCUGUAUUUUUAUUUAUAUAUUUUUCUUGUGCUUAUAUAUGCUUAAUAUAUUAUGGAUAAAAAGGUCAUUCACCAAUUAUUAUUAAUAAGAGAAAGGAAGGCUUGUUUAAAAUGUUUCUCUGUGGCAUUCUAAAUUUCUGUGAUCCUGGGAGCUUAUGGCAAGGAGAUGCGGUCAGUCAUGAAGUUCUCUACUCUAAAGUACAGUGGUACCUCAGGUUACAUAUGCUUCAGGUGACAUACGCUUCAGGUUACAGACUCCGCUAACCCAGAAAUAGUACCUUGGGUUAAGAACUUUGUUUCAGGAUGAGAACAGAAAUCGUGCUCCGGUGGUGCAGCAGCAGCGGGAGGCCCCAUCAGCUAAAGUGGUGCUUCAGGUUAAGAACAGUUUCAGGUUAAGAACGGACCUCUGGAACGAAUUAAGUUCUUAACCCAAGGUGCCACUGUGUAGUAGUUUCCAGAAAUUUUCUACAAUAUGAUGUUUUAGGAUAAUGUAGUUUGCCUCUUUAUUGAUAGAGCAAAUGGAUAUUGGUAGGUGAUAUGACAUGUCUUAAAACUCUCAUCACAGAACAAAAGAAUAAAUCCAUAUCCAUUAGAUAGUUCACAUUUUAACAGCUCUGUAGCAUUCAAACCUGUAUGUAACAUGCAUUGGCUAUAUUUACAACCUCAAAAGAAAAAGUGUUGGAGGGGAAAAAUGGGUUUUUGAUGUCAUGACCUACGGGUCAGUAUUUAAGCAUGCAAUUUUCUUUCUUCCUUGGUGCAUUAAGCGCAUACAGCUCCAUGCUUCUUCUUUAUUCAGAAGCCAAGGCGGCACUCCCUAUUAAACUCAGUUCAUUAGCUGUAAACAAAAUUCCUCAUCCCUGAUCAUGACCAGUUAAUGCCUUAUUUGCUGCAAACUUAAAUAACUUGAAAUGAUGCCAGGGCCAAUUUAACCCCCCCCUAACAAAAACAACCAUUCAUUGAAGUGAUUUAUCAGAGCUAUAAACCAAAACUAACAGCUUUAGUUUUACCAGCUCUUUAAAAGGACAGAACUUCACAGCUUAGCCAAACAGCUGCAGCAGUAAUCCCAUGUCUUGCAGAACAGUUUUAAUCAUUCGGCCUGCCAUGGCAAUCAGCUUGCUGCAAGUUUGGAAGACAUAUUGCUUGGAGAUUUACCGUACCUAAAGAAGCUGCAGAGGAUGGAUAUGUGUAUAUAAUCAGUUCCAGUAGGUUAGCUCGGUCUGUAUAGUGUAUCGGUACCAAAGCAGUUUAGGAAUGGAGGAGAUAAUACUAAAGGCUCAGUGAUAGGGCCUGGACCUAAUUUUUUCUACAUGGCUUAUUAGACAUUCCAUGACUGUGUCUGAAAGGUACGUUGCAUGGGGAUAUGAAAGGUACAUGAAGAGGUCCUAUUCCUCAUAGUAGCCUGUUGUGGUGCCUGGGUGCAGGUGGGGAGGAGAGUAGGGGCACUGGGCUCUAUUUUGCCUGACAGAAUUCCUCUGUAUGUGGGUGCUGUACCCAUGGUAAAGUGAAUGCAUUUCUAAUACUUUGAUUAGUAAUGCCAGUUUAGUUCAGAAGUGUGCUUUACAGACUCUAAAAGGAGGCUUUUCAAGUAUCAUGAAAACCCUGCAUUUUCUCUUUGCAUUUGGACUUUCCAUUUCUGGAAGGAUAAAUUCACAAUGUAGUCAGUUAAGUGGUUGGAUCUGGAUUUUGCCUUAAUGGAACAUCCUAAAGUUAUUAGUACUUUCUAAAAAGAAAUACAAGAAUUAGCUAUGGAUCUACAAUGUAAUAGAAUGGCAACUGCUGAUUUCUCGUUCCAGGAUUAGGUAACUCUCAGAAUUGGAUGCAUGUCAGUGCCCAGAUUAUGACACCUAUUUAGCUGCAAGUUCCUAUUUUUAUUUUGAACUGCAUUUAGUUCAGAUUUUUAAUAACUAUCAUUUUCUAUCUUGCAAUAGGACUUUCCACCAAGUGAGGCUCCAGUAUAUUAUAGGCUUGCCAAAAAAAAUCCAUGGCUUAUAGCAGUGGUUUUCAUCCAAUGUGCUGUGGCACCCUGGGGUGCCUUGAAUGGUCAGGGGUGCUGCGACUAACACUGGCCUCUGUCCCUCUUUCCUUCCAUCCCUCCUCUGAUGCCCUCUUGCAUUUCUGCAUCCCAAAGGCUUGCACAGCUGUUUGCUGCAGUGGCCCUGGCUACAAGCUCCCUAGGUGAAUGGUGCCUCUGGGGCUGACCAGGGGGUGCUUCCCAGGCCCCUGUGGGGCAGUAGGAGACGGCACCUCUCUUGGGGGGGCAGCUCUGAGACUGGGGGUGCAGGUGCAGCUGCCCAGAGGACUCCCAAGGAGAGGAGGCUGAGGGUGAGAGGCUGCCAGCUCUGCAGGCAAGAGGUGACAUAACGGCUCCUGAGCCCCACAGGUUACCACAGAAAGAAUGCAGUUGGUCAAGGGAGCCGUGGACUCAAAAAGGUUGAAAACCUCUGGCUUACAGUAAUGUAUAUUCUCUCCCCUCUCCCACAGGACAGUGCUCACCAGGUGAAUACUCAGUUGAUGGAUUUAAACCUUGUCUUUCAUGUCCUUUGGGGACAUAUCAGCCUGAGCCAGGUCGAACAUCUUGUUUUACCUGUGGUGGAGGUUUGAUGACAAAACUUACCGGUGCAACAGUGUUUCAGAAUUGUGAGACUAAAGGUAAGAACCAUGAAUGCACGAGGAACAUAGGCAACCACACUCUUCAUUUCCACCUUUUAAGGGUGAAAGCAUUCCAUUCAACUGCAAAUAUGAAAGUUGGAGAUCUAUUCUAUUACUUAGAAUACUGAUCUUGUUUAAUAGCCAGAAGAAGUGCUCAUUCUCACAAUAAAACUCACAUUCACAUCCGGUGUCAGGAACAACAUGGUGUCGCCAUGGUGGCAAUAGCCGUGCCUUAGAUAACCUCAUUGGCUACGAUGCUGCCACUGUGCAAAGCAGGUGACAUUUCCUGCCGUGGACCUUGGUAUCACCUUUAGGCCUCACUCUGAUAAGUAGCAGGGCUGCUGAUGAGCUCUGAGGCAAGGGAGUGGGGCUGAGCAGCUGGAAAUCACUCAAAGCAUGCUGGAGGCAAGUCCUCCCUUUUCCAUUCAUACACAUGGCCCAAAGUGCUUGUUGGGCAGGGACUAAUUGGAAAGAACAUAUUCAAGCAGGAUAGACUAAUCCUCAGGACUUUUUACUUUAUCAAAAGUGGGAAACCUGAAGCUGUCCAGAUGUUGUUGGGACUCCAACUCCCAGCACCCCUAGCCAGCAUAAACAAUGGGAAGGAAUUUGGGGCGUUGUAGUCAAGGCCGUAGGUUCUCUAACCCUGCCCUACCUAUAUGGACUUCACUUUCUUAAAGGAAUUGCAUGCACACACCACACAUAUACCUUCUUGUGUGGUGAAUACAUAUUUAUUUUGCCAGAUUCGACAUGCACUGAAACUUCCUGCUAAGUGAUAGAUGCCCACAGUGUGAACUCCCAAGUGAAAUUAGCAUAUACAUUCUUCAUCUGUGGCAGUGUGCAUGUCAGAUGUACGCAGUUUUUCUGUGCAGAAAAUUAGUCUUGGAUGAAAUGUCAUUCAGUGGAAUGGCUGCAGUUAAUCAUGUCACAGUUUACCAAAGCUAUUGUAGCAUGUUGCUUGUUCACCUCCUUCUACAGUGCAGUGCUCACCUGGUCAUUUCUACAACACUACAACACAUCGUUGUAUCCGCUGCUCUGUUGGAACAUACCAGCCUGAGUUUGGACAGAAUUACUGCAUUUCAUGCCCUGGAAACACAACCACUGAUUAUGAUGGAUCAACAAAUGUAACUCAUUGCAAAGGUAAAUAUUGAUAAUGUAUGUUGUAGUCAGUCCAGAAUGAAAGGACCUAGUACCAACUGCAGUGGGGAUAGAUGCUAUUGGUCUUUCCUUAAGUGAGCAGAAGCCAUAUCCCCACCCAACAGCAAUCACUCCUUAUUAGCCAUAUCCUGCUUUGGGACGUAGGCUUUCCUAACCUGACUUCAUUGCUUUCUUUGGUGUCAGUCUCCAAGUAGCCCUUAUCAGUGGACAUAGGAAGGAGCUGUUGGUGUCCUCUCCAACAGCCUCUGCUUCAGUUGUGCCAAGUUCUAGGCCGUAAGGCAGUUCUUCCGGGCCAGGCUUUCUCUAACCACUAAACCAGCCUUUCCAGAACUGAUGCCAUCCAGAUGUUUUGAACUACAACUCCUAUUGUCCGUGACCAUUGGCCAUGCUGGCUGGGGCUGAUAGGAGUUGUAGUCCAAAAAUCUGAAAGGACACUAGGUUGGAAAAGGCAGCUGCAAAUGCCUCCCAGAUAAUACCAAUUUCCUGCUUUUUCUGUCAUUUAUUUCCACAGACAAAGCUGUACUGUAUAUGGAUUUUGCUCCUUUGUUUUUAGUCAUCUUGAAGCAGCUACUCAAGAAAAAUGGUCUAAGGAAUAAAAGAUAUGCAUGAUUCCUAGAUAGUAGCCAACGUAAUUGUAUCAGUUGUGAUUGCUGCUGGUGGCAUUGCACAGGUGUGAAUAUUGCUUUCCCCUCUGCCCUGGCUAUGGGUAACAUAUUUCCUUUUUUCCAGACAGGCACUGUGGAGGUGAGCUUGGAGAGUUUACUGGAUACAUUGAAUCCCCAAACUAUCCUGGAAAUUAUCCUGCAAACACAGAAUGUACUUGGAGUAUAAAUCCUCCUCCUAAACGCCGCAUCCUGAUUGUGGUUCCGGAAAUAUUUUUGCCAAUAGAAGAUGAAUGCGGAGACUACCUGGUGAUGAGAAAAAGCUGUAAGUUAAACUAGGUUUCCAUGUCAGGUAUAUGAAUGUAUUUCUCCUGAUGGAUCUUUGCUACAUUUUGUCUGUGCCAAAGCAAGUCCCGUGAAAAUCUAGCUCUAAAAUGUAGUAUAACAGCCUUCGUAACAAUAAAUUCCAGCCAUUAUGGGUGAAACACACACACACACACACACACACACACACACACACACCACCGAUCAGACAUAUUUUAGAUUUAGUGGGGAACUACAGGGUGGAGGAGGUAGGGAAUUCAUCUUAUUUUUUUACACAAAUAUGCUUGCCUUUCCUGGGGUGUACAUCUACCAGCUGGUUGAGUGGAGCCAGAGAGCAAAUGAUCUGCUGAUGGCUGCAGUCACAAGACCACUAAGUCCUAAGAUGAAUGGGCUUUUGGCAGCAGCAAGCAGAGUCAACCAUUGAAAAUGUUUCAUGUGGGAAGAAAAAUAAGAAUCCCUGUGACUUACGUGUGUGGGGUGAAUAACAAAAGGACCGGGGUGCCUGAAUUCAAAAUGCAGGGCUAAAUUAAGUCUCCAGCGGAAAUUCCAAGUAGCAGAGUUUAAACUCACCAAGUCAAGCAGCACAGUGAAGUGUUAGGAAUGUAGGCUGUUAAACUUUUUGCAAAUCCAGUUUAGUUCGCUUUGUGAAUUGGUUCCCUCUUUCUACCACCCUUUGCAUUGAACAGACUAUAUAUACUGUAUAUACUCUGUUAAGUAAGUUUUAAAUGCUUUAAAUGUUACAAAACAUUCGAAAGGUCAGAUUCAUGCAUUUAUCCAAGCAGCAGCAAGGAGAACACAGGCAGAAUAGUCUUGGAUAAAAACAUUCAGUUACAAGCUGUGGAGAGAAAGGGAACAGGAAAAGAAGGCUUCGCUUCCUCCCUCUUUGGAGAAGGGGCAUGACCUAGCUGAGUCUAGGAACCCAGCUCUAUUGUUGUAACCCCUUAAGCACUCGUACAUAUUUGUGUUUGGCAGCAAUUUCCCACUAUUUAGCCUAGGCAUAGGCAAACUCAGCCCUCCAGAUGUUUUGGGACUACAGUUCCCAUCAUCCCUGACCACUGGUCCUGUUAGUUAGGGAUCAUGGGAGUUGUAGGCCAAAAACAUCUGGAGGGCCGAGUUUGCCUAUGCCUGAUUUAGCCUUUGCAAAUCUAAUGGCCCCCCGCUCUCCAUUCUUGUAGCCGCUUUCAAUCCACCAGCGUCUUGCUGCCACUAGUUUUGUUGAGCUCAGGAGAUCCUGAAAUGUAGUGGUCUUACAGCACUGAUAGCAUGCCUUUCCAAUCAAUGGAGAUACUUUGGCUAUGUACAGUGGUGCCCCGCAAGACGAAUGCCUCGCAAGACGAAAAACUCGGUAGACGAAAAGGUUUUGCGUUUUUUGAGUCGUUCCGCAAGACGAAUUUCCCUAUGGGCUUGCUUCGCAAGACGAAACAUCUGGCGAUUUCUUGCGAGUUUGUUUCCUUUUUCUUAAAGCUGCUAAGCCGUUAAUAGCCGCUAAGCCGUUAAUAGCCGCUAAGCCGUUAAUAGCCGCUAAGCCGCUAAUAGCCGUGCUUCGCAAGACGAAAAAACCGCAAGACGAAGAGACUCGCGGAACGGAUUAAUUUCGUCUUGCGAGGCACCACUGUACACAUUAGCUCCCCCCCCCCCCAGCAGCAUUUCAUGCUGCAUUUGCACAUUACUAUACACACCAGAGGGGGCAUUACCUGUUUGGUUUCCUUAUGCAUGCAACUCCCCAACUCCUAUUCAUGAAGCUGUGAUCUGUGCUUGUGCAACAGUUGUUUCAAAUUUUCACACCUCAGCUAAACUGCGGAGUGAAAGUGGCUUCUGUUUUCAAACUGAAUGGAAGCUGGUUUGAGGGGAAAUGCAUUAAACAGUAUUUCUCAAGAAACUACAGGAGAGAUGGGUUGUGGCUCAUGUCAUGUGUGCACAGCUUCAGACACCUGCAGCCGGAAUGCACAGCCUUAGUAUAACUAACUAAAAACAAUACCAUUGUUUUUGGCAUUAACUAAGUUUCAUAUACACAUCCAAGAGCAGCCUUUCUGAAUGUACUGUACUCAGCUAGUAAUCUAAGCAUUUAGGGAGGCGUAGAAGAUUUUACUCCUGCUGAAUUAAGUGAGUUUGGAAAUAAUAUGAUAUUUUUACUGCUUCAGUCAUGGCUUGCUACAUGCUGGGCCUGUUCUUGUUGAUGCAACACUUCAUUUUCUUGUGCUGAUGGCUUGGCACAGCUCCUAGGCAAUAGAUCUUUAAAAGCUAAAAAUAGCAUGUUUAUGGAGCCAAAUUGUAUCUUUGGAGUGUAAUCUUGACGUGUGCUUUGCCAAUGACCUCAACAGAGCCAAAGGUUCUCAUAUGGUGCAUUGAAACAGGAAUAUUGAUUGCAAGCCUGAAUUACACCACCAUUUCUGUACUGUUCCUUCUAUACUACCUUUAAUAAUAAACCCUUAUAUUUCGCUUUCAGUUGCCCAAGGUGUUCACAUGCAUUAUUUAGUUGCAAUCUUUACAAAAACCCUGCAUUUUUAUUAUUUCCUCCAUACUGAAAAUUAUUAUUAUUCCUCUUGUAUUGUAGAAUGGGUGAGAACUGGGUUGAGAGAAAAUAGCUUGGCAAAAGCCACAUAGCACAUUCAAAGCAGAGUCAAUAUUCCAUCUAGAAGAUUUGUUCAGUUUCUUAGCUUCUAUGCAACCCACAAAGCAGGGCAUUAAGCAUGCGCUUGGGAUAGGUUUUGCUAUUGAACAAAAAAGGAUUUAGUGUUGUCUUUUCCUUGUGCAAUGAGCUAGUUUAUUAUUAUUUUUAAAAAAUUAUAUUCUUCUUGUUUUUUUAAAAAAACCUCAAAGCAGAUGAUGAUGAUGAUGAUGAUUAUGUAGUAUUUUGUGUUUUUUAUCUUGUAUUUUUAUGUUGUGAACUAUGGAUCUCUGGUUGUGGGGUAGGAUACAAACAAACAAACAAACAAACAAUAAAUAAAGCAUAAAAUGAUUAUUGUAACUCGCUCUACGUGGGGCUGCCCUUGAGACUGACCCAGAAACUCCAGCGGGUGCAGAAUGCUGCAGCGAGACUCCUUACGAGGUCUUCGCUGCGAGAUCACAUUCACCCGGUGCUAUACCAGCUGCACUGGCUCCCGGUGGAGUACAGGAUCAGGUUUAAGGUGCUGGUUUUAACCUUUAAAGCCCUAUACGGCCUAGGACCCUCGUACCUACAGGACCGCCUCUCCUGGUAUGCCCUACAGAGAAACUUACGGUCUUCAAAUAAAAACAUCUUGAAGGUCCCAGGCCACAGAGAAGUUAGGCUGGCCUCAACUAGAGCCAGGGCUUUUCGGCCGUGGCUCCGAUCUGGUGGAACACUCUGUCACAAGAGACCAGGGCCCUGCGGGACGACAUCUUUCCGCAGGGCCUGCAAGACAGAGCUGUUCCACCAGGCCUUUGGCCAGGGCACAGCCUGACUCCCUCCCUCGGCAAUCUUCGCGGAGCUCUGGCCCAAUGGUUGCCAGUGGCUUGAAUUAAUUAAUUUUAUAACGGAUGAUUUUAGACUGUUGUUUAUGCUGUACUUUUGUACUGUUUUAUUGUUGUUAGCCGCCCUGAGCCCGGCUUCGGCUGGGGAGGGCGGGAUAUAAAUAAAAUUUAUUUUUAUUAUUAUUAUUAUUAUUAUAAAAUCAAGAAAAAAUCACAGUACUUUAAAACAUACAAGAAGUGAAAAUACUAAAAAAAAAAUCAAAUUUAGAGAAGUAAUGUGUUCGAAAUGUACGUUUUAUUUUAUUUUAUUUAUUUGUAUUUAUUGUCAGAUUGUCAGCAAAACCAUAGACUUGUGAUAGGACCUCAGUAGAAUUGGAAAGCUGCUCAGUACUCCAGUGUUGAGGCGUGGUCCAUCUUUCUUCAUUGAGAUAUCCCACUCAAUAGCUUUUUCUGUUGCAGCAUGCGGUGGGGGUGUUGUUCCUAGGCUGGAGGUGGCAGUUCCCUGGAAACAUUGUCCCACAAUGCUUUUAAACCAUCUGGAAGUAAUGGGAGGGACAUAUUAGGGUAUGGCAUGUAGCCAUCAAGUAAAUAAUCCGCCCUUUACUAAGAUGGAUGCUAGCAAUGGAGAAGCAGAAAGAAAACUUCAGGGCAAUUAAUGUUGGGGUGAUGGUAGAUAGUUGGGUGGGUUGGUGAGAAGAGAAUAAAAUAAAAGUAUUUUGUUGUUCAAAAGAAAAAUCCUAAGCUAACAGGUGCUUGAUACCUUCCUUUUGUCCAUUUUGUUUUGAAGCUUCCUCCAAUUCUGUGACCACAUACGAAACCUGUCAAACCUACGAACGCCCUAUAGCUUUCACUUCCAGGUCUAAGAAGCUCUGGGUCCAGUUCAAGUCCAAUGAAGGAAAUAGUGCCAAAGGAUUCCAGGUCCCUUAUGUAACAUAUGAUGGUAAGGAAACCUUAAAAACUGCUGGAACUAAAGUGUGGGUGUUUCAAUGUGUAAAUUUGUAUUUUUACUUUCCAUCUCAAAGUCUGGGAGUAGGGGAUAUCAACAUUUUAUAUAGGUAGAAUAUUUUAUAUAAGUGAAUUUUUAUGUGUCAGGUAAGGACAUGCUUCCACACAAAAUAACAUGGGUAUUAACCAUGUCCCUUAUGAGAUGAAAUGUGAAAAUAUUUUGGAGAUGGUAAGGGGUGGGGGACAGAUGUCUGUUGGGGGUAUAACUCUCAAAUUGUAUCAGAUUUUGUCUUUUAUGUGCCAGUUCACAUUUUUACACAAAAUUGUAUAUUUGUGUAUUUGAGACAAGUUAGCUUCUGAACACCUCCAAGUUGCUUUGCUGCAAUGUAGGUUUUAUUUUUUGAUUUAGGAAAGCUGUAACUGGUUUAUUGCUGUAUCCCAAGAAGUGUCUUUUCUCAUAAUGGUACAAAUGGCUUCACAGUUUCUACUUUGAAGUUGAAUUUGGGACUAAUCAGUGUUUCAGGCAGAUGCAGAGAAAAUUGGAAGUUUCAUCUUCCUUGUACAUCUGAUCUCUUUGAUAAAUUAUCCCAAACUACCCUGCGGGAGGCAAACUGCGGGAGGCAGUGGAAGACAGGAGUGCCUGGCGUGCUCUGGUCCAGGGGGUCACGAAGAGUCGGACACGACUAAGCGACUAAACAACAACAACCCUGGGGUAACAAUCUGAUGUGAUUAUGGCAUGAUGGAUUCCAAAGGCCUGCAAGUGCAGCAGUUAAAGGCCUAAAUCCUUUGGCUUUGCUGCCAGCCAGUGGCAACUUAACCCACCCAUCUUAGCUGGAAACAGGAUUUGUUCCACAUUUUUUAAACCUGAUUUCCAUCCUGAAAACACACCAGUGGAAACAGGCUAAUACGUUUGAUACCAAAAUAGUAAAUGCUGUUUGCUUAUUAUACAAAAAAAGUGAAAGGGGAAAAAGCAGGAGUGUUGUAGGCAGAUUUUAACAUAAAGAGUAGAUUUAUUUAGCAAAGCUGUAUUUGAUGUUUGCCACAUAGCCAGCAUUUAUAUAUGUCUCCAAGGCUGCUUAUGAUUUCUGCCAUGGACCGAUUACCGUAUAUACUCGAAUAUAAGCCGAUUUUUUCAGCAUUUUUUUUAUGCUGAAAAAGCUUCCCUCAGCUUAUACUCGAGUGAGGCAGGAGGUGGUGGAGGGACGAGCCCUUUCUCGCCGCUUGUCCCUCCACCGCCGCUGGCCUCUUGCAAGGGCAGGCACAGGAGCCGUGGCUGGGAGAGGCGCUGCACUGUGCCUCUCCCAACCAGGCUCCUAUGCCUGCUCUUGCGAGUGGCAGAGGUGGCGGAGGAGGAAGGAGCAGCCCAAAAGGAUCCCUUUCGGGCUGCUCCUUCCUCCUCCCCCCCCCCUUGCUGCUUUCUGUGGAGGAGGAGGAGCGAGCAGUCCGAAAGCAGCUCUUUCAGGCUGCUUGUUCUUCCUCCUCCGCUGCCACAAGGUUUGUGGUGUGGUAAAAUUUGGUGCCUCGGCUUAUAUUCGGGUUGGCUUAUACUUGAGUAUAUAAAGUAAUAGUAAGCAGAUAUGGAACACUUUGUCUCAACAGUAUAGUUUGUUUCUUGAAGGCUGUUUAGAAUAGGUAUUAAAUCUGCUAAUCUGAAAAUUGUAGUCUUGGUUAUAGAUGGGUACAUGCAAAUGCAUGAGUACAUUCUGUUUGGGAGCAUUUUCAGCCAAAGAAUGGGAAAUGCUAACAGACUUGCCCAAAGGAGUAGUAAGUACCCCUCCUGUUCAGCCUAGAGAUACAUGUAUGUGCUGCUGAUGUAACUCAAAUGAAUAUUUGCAAGUCAUGUGUAUGUGUGUGUCUCCAACAGAGGAUUAUCAGGAACUAAUAGAAGACAUAGUCAGAGAUGGUAGACUGUAUGCAUCAGAAAAUCAUCAAGAGAUCCUUAAGGUAAACUUGCUCAGUUAAUCUCCUGAAGGAAAACAUCCAUUCAUGAGUGACUGCUGUUUGUGAAAAUAAAGCUUUAAUGCUUUGUUUACAAUCUACUGUGACAGAGAGGAAGCUAAACAGGAGGAGGAUCAGCAGGCAUAUCUCCCAAACAAGAAGAAACAUGCUGCUAUCACUCUGUUCCCAAAGAACCAAAACUAGUCUGAAGGGAGCGGUGGAGGCAAUGUUGACUCAAGAUAUGUUGAUAACUGAUGCAGUAAACAUGCAGUGUAUAUGUUAAAUAACUGACAAUAUGCUACCUAUUAAUAUUGCAGUAAAUCGGCUACCUGAAGCUGCUGUCUCAGCCUGCUGCCUAAUAGUAGUGCUGAUGGCAAAUGCUGAUGUUUCUAACUUGUGAACUUGAGCAUUAGUAAUUGCCUAGCAAUCAUACAUGCCUUCUGUUCCAACUUCUGGAAGCACAGGAAUGAUGAUAGCAAUGAUAUGUGGGUAACUUGGCCUAAGCCUUAGCAUUUUGGUGGGUUGCACUUUGAAGUACAGGAAAGUGCUAAUAGGAAGGUCCUUUACCUUAAUAUGUAAUAGAAACUGGACCAAGAAUUGUGCUUGCACUAAUUUUUUCUCAAACUACAGUAUAUUAAAUGACAACUGAGUUCUUUCUUACACUUUCAGGAUAAGAAGCUGAUAAAGGCAUUGUUUGAUGUCUUGGCACACCCACAGAACUACUUCAAGUACACAGCACAAGAGUCCAGGGAGAUGUUUCCAAGGUCUUUUAUUCGAUUGUUGCGCUCUAAAGUCUCCAGAUUUUUGAGGCCUUACAAAUAGUGAACGCUAUAUUUUGAAAACUUAAAAAGUUACUGACUGUACAGCAGAUUUGUUUUGUAUUCUCUAAGAUGGGGAAAUUUUCAGGAAGCUGCCCAGUCAGUUGUAUACAGUGUGUAAAUUUUUUUUUAUUAAAAAUAUAAUUAUUUCAUUGCCAUCUGUUUUAUUUUCUGCCAUUACAUUACCUACUGCAGGGGUAGCCAACAUGGUGCCCUCCAGCUGUUGUGGAGUACAACUCCUAC